GGACCGCACCGGGACGGCUCGCUCGCGCGCCAUUCGCCAUACGCACGUGUGUCCGCGAGCACAAUCGCCGCGCGUGUCUUACCGCAACCGUCACAGUACCGGUCCGACAGUCCGAGACGCCGCCGCCGUCGUGUACCGUUAACGGUACACGUAUCGAAUCGUUACCAGCGCGAAACCGUCCGCGAGGCCGGUCGUCUAUAUUUACGAUCCAUUAUCACCCAUAAUAAUAUCCGGGUACCGAAAAUCGCGAUCGCGCAUAGAUACCGCCGCGGCAGUGUCCGAGCCCGCCGGCCCGCCGCCGCGAAUGGCAUGAACCGCAAGUCCGCAGCCGACGCCGCCGUCGCCGUGGCCGUGGCCGUCGUGGCGGCCGUGUCGCUGUUCCGCGUCGCCCCGGUGGCCGCGGACACCGUGUCCGCCGACGUGCUGCCCGACGGCGAGGUCGAGAUACGGGUGAGUGCCGGCAACGUGACCGCCAAACGGACGUCGUUCACGUCACCGGACACCGGGUACGUCUUUCAUAUCUAUUUUACAAUAUAGCAAAUAUAAUAUAGGUAUCAUAUUAUAUAUAUAUAUACAUAUAUAAGUUAUAGUUACCCGUCGCAAAAACGAAAAUCUAAUGUUUAAAAAUUUAAAAAAUAAGCUUAUCAUCAAUCGGUAGAACCAUUGUAGUAUUAUUAUUGCAGUCCCGAGCACGAGAGAAUUUCGUAGAUUAUGUUUCAAUAUAUAUAUAUAUAUAUAUAUAUGAAUAUUUGUUUUUCUUUUUGACUAAUUUAUCGUUUAUUCGAAUUUCCAACAUUAAUGUUGAUUUUUUUCUUUAGGUAGGGAUUUUUUUUUUUCCGUAAAAGACUUGCAAGUGCUGUACAUAUAAUGUAGUUUAGUAUAAGUAAAAUUUACCAGUUUUAGACUCUGUCCUUGGAACGGUCGUUAAAAAUUUAAACUCGUUCGUGAACUAGAUAAUUUUUUUUUUUAAUUAAACUUGCUUAGUUCAAAUUCAUUUUUCAUUGAACUCAAGUUCAUUAAAUUUUCGAUUUUACUAUUUUUACGAACUUUACGUAGUCUCGGAGAUUUUAUCAAUCGACAUGAGAAUAUCCGAUACCACGACGAUGAAGUAAAGGCUGGUGUUUGCAAAAUAAAAGGGAGCUUUUCAACUAGAUGUAUUCGAACUCGUAUAGAUAUAUGAAAAAUGUAGGAACUUGUUUGGCGAUUGUAUAGAAAAUAGAUGACGUGUACGUUUGAAUUAAAAAAAAAAAGUUUGCAAAAAUAGUUUUACUUUUUCACUCAUAAACCAAUGUAAAUAACUUUUUAAUUGACUUCGUAGGUACUUUUGUCGUUCUUUCCAGUUAUGUAUAUUUUUACCGAGCGAUACGUUGCUUAUGCACUUGGGAUUUAAUUUAUGGCGAUGGAUUAUGGCUGAUAACAAAAUUGAUUAAAUUAUUUUUCUAAAUUUCCAUGUAAAAUUUGAACUCGUUUAUUAAGAGAUUUCGUUUAGUUGUACCAGUUUAUAUAAUAAUAAUGUAUAGUUAGGUAGUAAUAUAUAAUAUACUUUUAGUAUACGUAUUUUAUUUUACGGAAUAAAAAUUACGUAUGCAUACAACGAGUAUUUUAGGUAUUUUACAUACAAAUGAAAAAUAUGCGUGCACCGUGAUGAUGUGCAAUCGCUACUAUAUUAUCGUCACCCAAAUCGCGUGCCUUAAAGACAGCCUUUACGCGCGAAAAGCGAUUUCUACUCGGUAACCCGUCGGGAAAACGUGAAAAGACGAACCAAAAAUAUUCAUCAAGUACACUUAACUGUUGACUAAAUUGCUCGUCGAAGAAAAUUUGGAUUUUUCGAAAUCGUCACGGUGAUCGUCUUUGCAGUCUGCGAUAUUUUUCUCCCGUUCAGGAAUUUUAAGCGCUUCGCACACACGCAUACCCGCCCCCGUCGUCGUACGUAUACUCGUCACCGUUCUAUCGGAUUUUUUUUAAAUUUGUUCAUUUUUUUUUUUUUUUAUGAUCAUUUACAGCCACACGCUAAAAAAGGCAAUAACCGCAAUAUCGCUAUUUAAUUAUAAAACGAGUUUGUUUUUUUUUUUUUGUGCGUCCGUGUAACUCGGGUAGCAUAAUAUAUAAAAUAUAUUGUAGUUUUAAUCGUUUUAAAACUAAUAUACUAUUAUUAUAUAUUUUAAAGAGGUAAUGGGGGGGGGGGGUGAGGGCACAUAAUUAAUCGACCUUUAUAUAUAUACACAUACACAUACAAAACAAUGUAAAUGCGUUUUCAAAAUUACAGUUCAUACGUGUAUACGGACAGUAGAUCUGAGCAGACCUUAUUUUGUCCGGACAGUAGUAAUGUAUAGGAUCCACCAAAUUUGGUAGAAAUAAGGAAAUGUUAGAGAAAAUGUCUGCGAAAUAAGUGCAGUUGGCAAUUUUGGAAUUUGUACACAUUACGUACUGGAUAACGCGUGUUAAAAAAUUAAAAUUAAAUGCCUUUUGCAUUUUAUAGGUCUUUAGCCGUAUAAUAUUUGUUUAAGGUGGUUAAGGUUUAAUUUCCUUCCAUUGUAGCCAAAGUAAUAAUCUAAAAAUCGAUAAAAGUGAAACCGAUGUAUCGUCGUCAUUUGUUGACAUUUUUUAAUGUUAUAUUAUAGAAAAAAUGUCAAGAAUCUAGAAAAAUUUUUCGAAUAAAAUGCCACAGGUAGAAAAAUCCGCCUUAUUUUAGGUAUGGCGUAAAAAUAUCUGAACAUUUUUAUCAACCACAAGUGUGAAAUUUUUCGAAAAUACACAGAACUUAAUGAAAUCAAAAACUUCUUUGCUAGACGCAAAAUCUAAAAACAAAAGAGGAUUUUUAGGCUUUGGACAGUAAGGAGAAAUCCUAUAAAAAUAAGCCCCGGAUAUACGUGUAUACGGUACAUAUAGGUAUAUCUAUAUAUAUAUAUAAUACAAAUAGUAUAGUUAUUAUUAUGUUAUUUGUGGAAUUUCGUAAAAACUUCAAAUUCCGCAGCAUAUGAGUUCGCGCGUCAAACAACACGAAAAUAAGCAGUGUAUAUAGACAUGGACUAGAAUAGUUAUAGGUAUGAAUAGUUUAGUAGAAAAAUACUAAACCCAAAUAACGUAAAUCGAUUAUCGCAUUUACAUAAACUUAAUAUAAAUUGUAAAAUAUUAUAAUUGUACGUAUAUAUAAUAUACAUGAUAUAUAGUACAAGUACGCCAAAGAUAAUAAAAAUAUUAAAACAUUUAAAACGCGUAUAACAAUUAUUAUAUGAUAAAAAAAAAAAAACGGAUGUUAAAAUAGAAAUUUUUUCCUCCUUUCCUCCCCCACUCCUUCCCAUUUAAGUCUUACGCGCGCGAAAUUAAAUCGUGAUAAACUGCAGUCGUGGACUUGCAGAGAACCGCAAAUAACUCUCGCAAAAUGUAUUCUCCGUCCCUUCAUAACAAUAGAACACGAUUACGUAUAUACAAGUGAGAUUGUUACCUAUAAUAUAAUAAAUAUAACAGCAGUUCCCAACGUUUUUUGUUAUUCAAACCUCCCUAAAAAAUAUGUAUAGGAAAAUCGUCAGAUUGUCUAGCGCUUUACACGAUUGAAUACAAUGUGUAAAAUAAUAAAUAGGUAAACAAUCAUUAUUGUUUUCGCGAUGCGUUCCCUAUUGUAUAUUAUCGAAGUCAAGAAGUAACGUUGUAACUACUAAACGAAUUUGUUUUCCUCAUUAAGUUCGGACCGACAUUCGGAUUAGUGCGGAAAAUCCCGUGUCACGCAAAUAACGAAAUCGCCAAUGGCCAAUUCAUGUAUACUCGAAGAUCUGUCGCCGAUUCGGUGGUGCUCAUUGUUUAUAUGGUUCCAAGUGCCAAAAUGCUAAUAGUCUAUUAUGGCCUAAAGAUAAAUGUGCAUACAGUAUUUAUUAUUCGUGCCUCACAGUUUGGGAACCGUCGCCAUAUACAAGUAAAAGUACGUUUUUACUUUUAAACGUCUAACAGAAUGUUCAGUUUUGAAAAAAAAAUCGAUGUUUUCCUUUUUUAUUUUUAUGUCUGUGACCGGUUUUUUCGGUUGUACACUGUACGUCUAAUUAUUACAUAGUAGUAAAAAUCUCUCCAAAUUUUCAUGAUCGUAUGUCUACUUUAAAAAAUGUGCGGGUUUUCUUCUUAACUUAUAUUUUAUUUGAUAUAUUUUCGUAUAACGAUUUCCUGCAGCUUAAAAACAUAACAAAAAAUAAUAAUUUUUUGUUCGCACUCUUAUAAUAUUGUGCAUAUACGAUGAUAUCGACGUGUUCUGGAAGAAAGAUUUAUUCACAAUGCUCACGUGUUUUAAACGCUUACGUAAAAAAAAAAAAUAUAGUUAAUUAUAAUAGAGAGAAAGAGAGAGAGAAAGAAAUGUGAAUCAGCAAACCUGCUCGAAAGACUUAUUAAAAUGAACAAAAAUUCAAUUCGACUUUUCGUAUAAAAUAUUUUAUUGUUACCUGAUUUUCGUUAACAUGUCCCUACUCUGAAAUUUUCUAAAAAUUCAUUGCUAUAAAACUAAUACUGACCUACAAACAAAUCGGUGUCACUUGAAUGAUGUGAGUCGAUAUUUUCAAUUUUGUACCCCUACUCCUUGUAUCUAAAAUUAGUAUGUAUUUUGGAUUUUUAACCCACUUGCACUCACUUUUGCACACAGGUUCCGAUUGAGAAUAGUUGUAUACACAUUUUGAAAAGAAUAACACUCCAAAGCGUAUAUUCGCGAAAAUUGGAAAUAUUGUGAAAACAAACCAUAAGCGAUUCGGUAAUUAUACAAAAAAAAAAAAAACAAAACAAAACAAAAAUCAAAUCCACUUAAAAUCCUCCGAAAAAAUCAUUCUGGUUUGUGUCAAGGUUGAUCAUUCUGUACAAUAAUUAUCGCGGUAAAUACCGACGUAUCGAAACAAAUAUUUUUACGGUAGGUUUUCAACUAUAAAAUUGUUGAUUAACGGAAAACGCGGCUAUAGAGUUUGGACAGUAUUAUAAUUAUUAUGACGUGUAAUAACGGCGGGUCCGAAUCGAAUCGGCAAAUCGUGGGCGUUCGAUUCGUUCGCCUUUGUGUCUGGACUCGCGUUUUUAUUAUUAUCGAAGUGUUGAUAAGGAAAAAAAAAUAUAACUGAAAUUCAACGUCAUAGGUUAUUUCGGUCGACCCGCUCAUCAAUGGACGGCACGCCGCCCCGAGCGUGUCUGGCCCGGUCGUUGCGGUUUUUUUUAUUUCGCUCUCCCGACCCGUCACAAUAUAAAAAUAAAAUAAAACACCCGUGUAAUAAUAUUAUACAAUUCUAUAUAAAUGCGUAUACAUUUUUUUUUUUUUUUUAUUGUGCCGCACGCGAACCGGUUCCCGUGUACUGUACGGUAUUAAUUCCACGUAUACGUUUCGGACGCGUCAGUCGCGCGGUGACGAUUGCGGUAACGAGCGUUCAAACUUUUUCGAACGACCGCGGACGAUAAAUAUCUGCGCGCGGGGGCUCUCUAAAGGUUACAUGAGUCGUAUUGUUACGCACAGUUAUAAUUAUUCAGAACCUCUCCGCCCCCCUCUCCCAACUCUUCACCGACCGUAUUUUUCGUAUACAAUAAUUAUAAUAUCGCAGUGGCGGACCGCGUACCAUUAUUAUGGCGUGUACCUAAUGCCGCGGAUACGACAAAUGCAUUUUAGCCUUUACCGCCCCUUCGGCACACUCGUACGUGUGCAGCACGCGCACAUGUAUAGACUCGAAAUUUAAACAGGCAGUUUAAAAGCCGAGUACACGAUAAUCUGUACUGUGCGAAUGGCCGUCAUCGAUCCGCCGAAAAAUUACCUCUAACGAACAUACACGGAUCACUGUAUAGUUGUAGCAAGGGCAGGACAAUGGACCGCUGUCCUUGGUUCGGUCGUGUCCGGUAAUAAGCGGUAUGAUUAUAACGCGUAAAACGUAAUAAGAGGACGACGAGAUAGAGAAUACUCGCGUUGAAAUAUAAAUGGAAACGUAUAAUUUUAAAACGAUUGAGGUUUAGUGAACCGGUGCGAGAGAUUCGUUGAUAAUUAUGUAAAAACAAUAACAAUAUUUAAUAAUGUCUAAACAUUUUGUAUGUUAAAAGAAAAUAAUUAUGAGGAGUCCGAACCUUGUGCUCUCCUAUCAUACACAAGACAUGAUAAGUGUGUAUUGUUUUUAGAUAUUAUAUAGAUCGCCGAACCGGUACAUAUGCCAGGGUAGGGCAUCCGCUGUAUUUGAGAUAGUUGGUCGGACUUACCCAAUCCUGUCAAAGAAAGGGAAUUUAUUUAUAGGCUGUAUUUAUCUACUUUAAGGGACCCGGUAUCAGUGUUUCAAAUUUUCUCCAAUUUUAACAUUUUUUUUAUACAGAUUUCAAAAAACGAGACAGUCUUGUUUUGAAAAAGUUGAAUUGUUUGUUUUUUAAUUUUUACGAAUUAAACGCUGUCAGAAAACUUCGCAGAAAUAACGAAAAAAGGCAACGCACCGUAAUUUUUUAAAAAAUUCGAAAAAUGUAUUUAAAAAAAAAAACGAAUUAAUUCUCAUAACGCGUAUCUGUUUGUUAAUCAUUUGUUUAUAUUUCUUUUAUUUGUUCUUUUUUUAAAAAAAAAAUCAUGUGCCACUGUCAUAAUAAUAUAUAUAUUAUAACGAAUAUAUUUGAAUAUAUUAUCGGGUUUCGUGUCACUGGGACGCGUAUAUUAUUUUAUUGUUAAAAUCUUUUCUUCUUUUUUUUUAACAUUUAAAAAUGCUUUUUUGUAAUAUUAAAACAAUGCAAUAAAUAACAGUAUACAAAUGCAUAAUUUGAUAAAAAAAAAAAAAAGUCUAAGACAACAACGUUUUCCAACAUCACGUUUAUUUCAUUAUGAUAUAAUAUAAUAAUAAUAUAUUUAGACACCGACGUUCUUGGGAUUUGAUUUGUGCAAGAUAAUGAGAAUGAUAUUUUAGCGUUGUGUAUAAUUUUUAUAAACAGAAAAAAAUCCUAUUAUACGACUAGGAUGUGAAACCAAAGAUGUAGUUUAUUAGUAUCGUAUUUAAUAUGUCAAAGUGGGAAAAUAUUAAAUUUUAAUAAUGCGUGUGACAUUGUAUACUAAUACCCAGUAAAAACCAAAGUUUAAAAAAUUUCAUUUUUUAUAUAUAAUACACAGGUUUUCAGAAUUCCAUGUUACAGUAAAAUUUUCCACGAAAUACUUAUUUUUUUUACAAAAAUUACGUAUUUAAAAACAUUUUAUAAUCAUAUUAUUUUCUAAAAUGUUACAUUUCUUUAUUUUUUUCACCCAUUUUUUGGGGGACAAAUCACUGUCCACUUAUGAUUUUUAAAUAAUUAAAAAGUUGGCAACACAAUAUUAUGCUAUACUAACUGCUCAUAUUCCCCCUCCCCAAAUUUAAAAAAGUGUAAUAUCUCUUCAAAUAGAAAUCAAAAAUAUCAUUAAAAAAAUGUAUUUAAACUGAAGUAUGAAUUAUUUAUAUUUAAUAAAAUAAUAAAGUAAAAACAAAAUUAUUAAAAUGGUUAAUAAUCGUAAAAAUGUAUACACAAAAAUAAAAUGAAUUAAUUAAUAAAUGCGUCGCCCGGAGUAUUAUGAUAAGUGUAUUAAACGACCGGUUUCGAAUUAAAAAUUCAUCAUCAGAUAGGUAUAUCACAAUCAAAAUGUAAAACGCGACGAUAUUUAUAUUUCAUGAAAUUUUCUAUAUAGGUUGUUUUCCUCGCGACAUAAAGAGAUUAGUUUGCUUUUUAUUCGAGUUUUAAAAAAUAUUUAUGAUGAGUUGAUCGAUCCUUGAUUACAGUUUCCAUAAUAUUGCGUUUAUUAAAUAUCUCAAUCUGAGAAAUGUAUAAAUCAGUGAAAAUCAGAAGACGAUAUUUCGGUGGAAAACGAUGAAGGUCCGUUGUACCAAGCAUUAACGGUAUUAAUGUGUUAUACACACUUUUUACAGUAUAAGCCUCUAAACGAUGGUUUAGAACAUAAUACUGUCAAGGUUUGCUAUUGAAAUUUGAAAGCGGCAAUGCCGGCAAACCGGACUUAAAAGAUGAUCGUAUCAUAAAACAUUCCGCAGCAACCCCCUAAAAAAUUAAAAGACCGAAGACGUCUCGACACAAGACGGGCGCGUUUCACCACAGGGGCAAAGCAUCAUGAUACGAGUGCUAUCGCACCGGUCGGUCUGCACGGGGCAGGUGUUGGAUACCGCGAAAAUGUCUCCGCGUGGGGCGCCCGACCGCCGCGCCGCCGGGACCGCGUUCGACACCAUCACGACCUCCACCGCCGCGGUACAGACCGGAGAUUUCGCGGAGAUAAACAUAAUAUUAUUCUCGUCUCGCGUGUUCAGGGUGAUUUUUGUUAUUGUUCGCCUUUCUCCCCGAAAUUUCACCGCGCCUACGGUAACGUAAAAAUAAUAUAUUGCCGACAAAAUUAUAAUAUAAAACAAUAUGGUACUGUUGGAUUCCCAACAGCUGUACACGGAGACCGGCAUCCGGGGCCCAAGCGUUUCUCACGAGGCCGGAUUGUUGGUUCCGCGUUAAGAUAUCUCCGGUCGGAUAAUAUACUUUGAAAUACGGAAUAUGGUGUCCGGCAGAAAUUUGGUUUCCGGACACCCAAGAGAAGAAAAUUAUUAUGCAUAGCAUUACAGUGAAACCAAUACGUUUCUCGCUACGUUCAGAAUCAGGGGAAAUAGUUAAAAGGACGGAACACAUGCUUUUGUUGUUUCCGUCAUACAAACUCACGAUAUAGUUAAAACGUGAUUACGCAGAUUACACGAAACUCGCUAAUUUUGAUUUUGGAGUAAAAACACAAUACACAUAUUAUUAAAUGAGAACAAUAUUCCGGGGAGCAAGACGAUACGUUUUUUUCAUUUUCUUCGAAUAUAACAGUCAAUUUAUAAAUAAUGACUUUUUUAACGUUUAUAAAUUAGCCAAUACUUUUUAAAAAAAUAACUUUUUCAUAAAAACGUAACGCCUUGCCCUCCGGAAUAUUGUUUUCUAUUAAUUUAAUAAUAGGAGCUUUUAUACUUAAACGAAAAUUAAGCGAGUUCUGUGUAGUAUGCGUAAGUAUGUUUUUACUAUAUCUUGUGUUUGUAAGACAGAAGCAACAAACGAAUGUGUAAUGUUCUCUUAAAUAAUAUUAUAUCAAUUUAAUAGGGGUAUUGUAGGACAAUAAUAUUGUCUUACUAUGUACCCGCGUUAAAAUAAAAAAAUACGCUCGCAUGGGGGAGAUGAGGGGUGAGAAAUCGCAUAAACGUAAAUAUCCGCGUAGGGAAAAAACCGAACAAAAACUCUUAAAAAAAAAAAAUGACAAAAAAUCAACCUGUGCACACACUGCCGCGUAAAACACAUAUAUUCGUGUAAUAAUAUAUGUUGUUUACUGCCGUCGCUGUCUGGAUGACACGGCGCAAACCACAGUACCUAAAUACCUUUACACGACGAAGACGACUCUCGCGAUCUGCAGCAGGUAUAUUAAUAUUAUUAUAUGGACAGACAAUGAAUUCAAAAGUCGCACAAAGAAUCGAUCGCUUAGAGAGAACAAAAAAAAAAUAUAUAUUACGUCCCGCGGCUUCAGUACCUCCUAUAUUCCUACAGCCGUGUCUAACCUAAUGCAGAUGACGCGACCCUCGGAGGGAAACAAAAAAAAAAAAAAAAACAAGAAUACCCGUCCGUAUAAAACGCGGUUAUUUAUUCUCGGUGGUGUUUACACUGACAAGGUUUUUGUUAUUUUUUGUGUAUAUACACAUUUUUUUUUUUCGGUUUUGUCGGCCUAUUAGUCCGCGCAGAACGACGCGGUGACGAAGUGAUAUUUAUUACGGUCCGCGGACGACGACGACGUUUAGAAAAUAAGUCGACGGCGCUGCAAUGGGUUUGUCCGACGCGCGGAUCCGAUCUUCACUAUUACGACGACGACGCGCGACGUCAGCUCGACACGCACAUAUUAUUAUUAUUAUUAUUCGUGUGUUUAAAUCGUUUAAUUUAAAUUUGUUUUUUAUAUUUAUUAUUACGUACACAUUAUAUUGUAUAGGUACCAACCGCAUAUUAUGUGUAAAACGAUCGCGGGUCGCGGGAACGGGAAAACAAUAGCCGGACACGGUGUGUACCUAUGUAUCGUCGCGGCCCCGACCACCUAACCUACCCCGGGUGGCCCCUGAUUAUUAAACCGCCGGUUUUACAUCAUUAGACCGGUAUAGGUAACUAUUUAUUAAUAUAAUAUUAUUAUCAUCGUCGUCCGCCUCCCGAUGAGGUGUGAAACGCUGUCGUCGGAUCGCGGCUCGUCUGCCGAUAGAUACGCAUCUCGUCGCGAGAGCGCGCGCGUCAUCGAACGGACAUCAAAGAUACUAAUUAGAUAUUUCGGGCGAAUGAUAGGUAUAUAUAUAUAUAAUGAUAUAAUGUAUAAAGGUGGAUUAUUGACCGUGACAACGUAUAGGUACUGUAGAAGAAAUAAUGAACGAGUUCGGGACCCCACACACAUAUAUAUUUAUAUAUUGUAUUAUAUUUAAGUGGCGAAAGCAUCUUAUUUCAAUAUAUAUAUAUAUAUUAUAAUAUUGAUAGCAGGAAGGUAUAUAAGGAGAGAUAGUGAAACGGAGAGAGAGGUCCGGGAAUCAACAUUGUUAGAAAAAGAUAACGCAUACUACGUCUGAUUGAUACAGUGACACAGAAGUUUAACAAUAAAUAGAUUAUAACUGUUGUUAGAAAAAUAUAGCAUCACAGUUCGAGUCCUAUCACACGUCCGAGAAUUCAGGCGUAGAUCCAAGGGAAAGGAGAGAACUAAAUAAGGCCCUUAGCCCCAUUUUACUAUUUCGGAUUCUUAGAUCCACGAAGUUGCGGAUAUUAGCCACCUGCUUUCAACAAUGUUAGGUUCUAAACAUUCUAGCUGUCAAUCUAAGGCAGGAUAUGAGAGACUAGCAGUUUAUAAUAUAUUAUUAAUAUUGGGUCUAUGAACGAAAAUGACUUGUUGGUACCAGACACGUUGAUAAGUUGCAAACAUUUUCAUUGUACAAAGUACAACGUCGUUAUAAUAGUAAUAACACCAGUACAUUAAAUCUUAAAAACAUGUAACAACCAAACCAAAGGUAAAUUUGAAAAUUCAUAUAAUCUAAAACAAAAAAAGCUGACAUACUUCACACCAUGUGCGGGGCACUGUAAUAGGCGAGAAGUUGGGAAGAUAGAAUAUAGAGGGAAAUUUAAUUUAUAUCUAUACUUAACAAUAAACAAUUACUAAUGAAAAACGAUUUGGAGCGAAGUUUCCUUUAUGCAUGUGGAUAUAAUUUCCCGUUUUUCCUAAGUUUUUCUCGGUUUUUCCUAAUUAUUAUAAAAACCGCUUGGAAAAUCAAAAAAAUUACCUGCAUGAAGUAGCACCCAGAUAAAAUUUGAUUUCAAAAAAGAUACUACACUUGAUAAUCGGAGCUAGAAUUCUGGUAUAAAAGUUGUUCACAAAACAAAUAAAAAAAAAUCAUUGUAAAACCAAUACACGCCUCGUUACGCCCCGAAUCUAAAAUGAUUAUUUCCCAUUUACAAAUGUUAAUAACAUUGCUAAACGACCUAGUGUCUACUGUUAACGUACUGUGUUGUUGUCUGCAGUUUUUAAUCAGAAAAAUUGUUUCAAUCAUUAACACCUAGGGACGAUGGUUUCCAAUAGCAAAUUUAGUUGGUGCAUUAUAAGAUAUUAUUCAAUUAACAUCCAAAAUCAAAAAAUGGGAAUUUAUAGCAAUUUCGUAAAGAAAUAACAGCCGUUUACCUCGGAUGUCGCAUCUUUCGUCGCAUUAUCAGAACUGAUAAUAAUCGCACUCGAAUGCACGUAAUAUACCGCGUCACGGUUUAUUGACAGACAAUAAAAAUAGUCCAAGGAGUAAUAGACAUUUCAAAACCAGAAUCUCUGCAAAUCGUUAAAUAUACAAAAGAUUUUCGGAUUUUAAACGUAUUAUACGCACGAGUUUUAAACAUUAUUAUGUAUCAAUCCCCGUCGAAAGAUAGUGACUUAAGCUACAUAUUAUUUUCGGUUCUUUUCACGCUCGUUAGAAUAUGUUAUUCAAUUCUCGUUUUUUUUCCCUUUUUAACCAAUUAACGAUACAUUCUUUUAAUUUCCAUAACGUGCUAUUUUUUUUUAUUUUUCGUGUGUAAAUUAUUCGUUAUACUGAACUAUUUAAAGUAAAACUAAACACACAAUUGAAUUUUUGUCACCGAAAAUGAUUAUCCUGCUCCUGCACCUAUAACGGUGAAGCUGACCGACAAACAAAAACAAAACGCGCAUAAGUAAGCUACUUAUUGUUCAACUCGAGUAUUAUUGUUCGGCGAAUGGUAAACUACGAAAAUAUUAUUUCCAUCACGACUUAAACCAAUAAAAUAUGAAUUUGAAUAGAAAAAUUACCGCGUUUGGUUCUUUUGUUAUAGUAAUGACAUUAUUAUAUUUUAUGAAAUGGGAAAAGUCAAGAAAAACAUAAAAAUACCCGAUGAUACAUAUGCUAUAACAGUGGCGCAACCAGAUCACCGGGGGUGUCUCAGGGUCCGAACUACUCCCUAACUCUUAUCGGAUCUUGCUGUAUGUAUAAAAACCUACACAGCCAAAAUUGUACAUUCAAUCCAAUGGAAUUCGACGAUAUAAGUCUUUGAAUCCCCCUCACCUUCCUUUUGAAAACAAUUCUUAUUGCGCUAUUGUGUUAUAUGAUACAUUAUUUUCGAGUGGGCUCCAGCUCCCGCGAUUAAUUUUGGCUUCUCUAAAAUAAAAAACCUCCCCAUCAACUCAUAAAAUUGAAUCUAUCAUAAUAUCAGAUAGGUAUACUUACAUCAGUGUAAAAGUAUUCUUUAUAACUUUGGUAUAUAUGUCUAAAUAUACCAAAAUAUAUUUUUACGGAAUUUGGCCAUUGUGGCUACCAUACAACCGCUCCCUCUUCUUCUAUUGUAUCCGCACCUAAAGAUUUAAGUAUGUGCCCUAUGAUACGUUUAUGUUCUGUGACCACGUGCAGUUUUGUGCCCCCAUAUAAUAUUCGUAUAUGUACCGCAUUAAAAAAAACCGAUCACAAGAGGUCAUAUACCUACUCGAAGUCGAAAGCCUCUUAAACGUUUUCCAUCACGAGUGGUGGGUAUCGAAUGUUCAAAUUUUCUGUCACGAAUAAUAUAAUAUGUACUUAUAUAUUAUAUUAUAUAUUUUACACGACUGCAAACGAUAGUGUUUCAAAAUAUAAAAAAAAAAAACCGUCCAGUCAAAUAAAAUAUCGUAUAAUAUAUAAUAUCCAUAGGAGGAAAUGUGAUCGCCCUAUAAAGUCCAGAUUGUUACAGAGUAUAAGAACGUACACUAUGUAUAUUAUUAAUUUAUAUAUUCAUUAUACAACAAAAUAUUAUAACAGAAGUGUGCCAUAUAUAAGACCAACGAACGUGACGAUCGUAGCGGCGUAUAUGUCAAUAAUGAAAAAAAAAAAUAAAAUAAAUAAUUACAAAAUAUCUAUAUUGUAAUGUCCACACACAUAUUAAAUAAUUACCUAUAUAAUAACGCGUUGUGAUCUGUCGUUAGAUUUAAAAAUAAUUAUUAUACGCAAUUUUCCGUUUAAUUCUUAUUUCAGGUUUAGUGGUGGGGGGGGGGUUGUAAUUACUAUUUUACAAAAUUAAAACUUAUACGACUCAAUUACGUGACGUGGUGAAUCAUCAGUGGUCAUCAGAGGUUCGUUUGUUCUAGGGGAAGCCGUUAAAAGUGUCCAAAAGUAGAAUGGAAAAAAAUAUAUAAUAUAAUAUUAUAAUUAGAGAACGGAUUUUUGGGUUCUUAAAAGUUUAAAAUAUGAUACUAAUAUGCUCUAAAAAACUAAAAUAUUCUCUUAAUAUUCUUUAAACAUGAAAAUAUGCUAAAAAUAUGAUUUUUUUUAUUUAAAAUAAUUUAUAAAAUUGUAAACAAGUUACAAUAAGAAAUAUGUAUAUUUAAUGCUUACAUUAAAUUUUACAAUAUUUACAUUUAUCAUUAAUAUUGCACCUCGUGUUAUAAUAAUAUAGGCAUUCAAACUUGAUAAUCAACCUUAAAAUAUGCAUUUACUUGUAUCAUUUCUUUUGUAAAUUAUUUAAACUCAACCAUAUUUAAAAGAUAAUAUGUUUCAUAAUAUUAUUAUGUUUCAGCAUUUUAAAAAUAAAAUAAAAUACAACAAAAUUAAAAUAAUAACUAAACAGCCUUAAUAGUUAAUUUGAAUCGUUUUUAUAAUUUUAAAACAUUUAGUCACGUAUAAUCAUAAUUCAUAUAUACUAAAUAUUAUCACUCGCCAAAAUCUCUUAAUGAUUUUGUUCAGGAUCUGAGAGAAAAAAAAGUAACCAACAUUACCAAUUUGGUUAUAAAUCAGAAACUUAAUGAUUUUUAUCAUUCUUAAAUCAAAUAAAUAAUAAUCAUUUUUUCUUACAAUGAAAAUAUCACAACUUGAGAAAAGAGCUAAAUAUAUAAAAAAAUUUAAGAACAAUAAUAUAUAAUAUUAUAAUAAAAUAUUCUAAAAUAUGAGAAAAGUAUGCUAAAUAUUCUCCAAUCUCCAAAAUAUGCUUAAAUAUGCAAAAUACAUUUUUUUCUACGUACUCUGUAAUGGAUAAAUCGUCCACAUUUUUCAUCCUCGUUGCACUCCAUAAAGCCAAUAAAUAUAUGUAAAAUCCUAAAAAUUUGCUCUCUAAUUAUAAUAAAUACAAUACAGUGAUCUAUAAUUUCUCGACAAAUUAAAAAAAAAUUUUAAUUUUAAAUACUUGUUAAUAUGGAAUAAAUUUGAAAAUAUUGUAAAAACGUAUACUCAACAUACACACACUUUAUUCAUUCACCGUCAUCCGUUCGAUCUGCAUUAUAAAAUAGUAUUAAGGAUAUUAUACAAUUAUUCGAGAAACCUACCUCCAUCAUAAUAAUAAUUAAAUAUAAUUUUUUUGCCGUGUACCGAAGAACUUGACCCGAAUAGUUUUUGGCAAAGCAUUUAAAUAGAAUUAUAUAGACUAUACAGUUGUUAGCACGCGCGACACACUCUAAUGUAUGUUAGCCGUUUGUUUUUUUUUUUUCGGUUGAAUAACGAAAUAAUAAUUUUUUUUGGUCUAAAAAAAAGUUGGCUUGGAAAAAAAUUGUUCGACGUUCAUGUGUGCGCGCGCAAUGAUUUUUAAGUCACGCGAUUCUCGGGACCACGCGAAACCGCGUCAUCAAAACUUGGCCACUUUACACGUACAAAGUAUUUAAUUUGGUGCAUUUGUAAAAGCGCGCAGCAUCUUAUAUUAUAUAAUUAUAAAUUUAACCCGAAACUAUAAUAGAUAUACCUACGCUACACAAUGUAUACUCCGAUACUCAAAAACGCGAUGCUGCCGUUCGACCGAUCCGAUUCUGAGCGUAUAAUAACGAAGACUGUAUCGGGUUUAGUAUGAUGAUAUUAUGUAUGCUGUUUUUGUUCUACUUUUCUGUAUUCAAACGACUUUUUUACUAUAGUAAUCACGCUCAUUGAGGAGAAAAAAAAACCGGAAAUACUUACGCGAAAUCGAUUUCUGUAAUUUUCGAUUUUGUUUUUUUGUUUUGUUAAAAAUAUACUCGUAGAAACCCGAAUUGUUCACAUCAUGAAAAAUUGACCCAUAAACCGCGGGAAACGAAGGAUAGAACUCGGAAUAAAUUGUCCCCAAGUACUCCCCUCUCCGAAAAAAAAUGCACUUUACCUUGCAAAAUCCGCACCAAGAAUCUGCAUUAUACGCUGUACGGGCGAGGCGCAUCGGACGAUGAAAAAUGUAAGACAAAAAUAUCAUGAUGGGAAAAGAUUAUGACGUCGGGCAGAGGCUAUGAUCGCUGUCAUCGUCGCUGCAAAGGCGUUUCGGGUGCACGGAUAAUAAUAUUAUAAUAUUUUAUUGUACGUCUGUGAUGCCGCCGAGGAGAUUAAAACCGUCGGCGACGGCAUCAAUGGGGAUGGGUAUGGUGGUAGGGAGAACUUUAUCGGAGCUUUAAAUAAUACAUUGGUCGAUGAUGCUGCGCGUAUUGUACUGCACGCCACACCAACGUGUGUAAAUCCCAGCAGAUGUCAAAAACUGGUACAAGGAACUCGCAUUUGGGCCCGAAAACGCGACGGCAUACGUAAUCGGAAAACGUGUUUGCCGUUCUCACAGUUUGCCAAAGCGCAUUUUUAAUCGGUUUAUGCCGUUGUCUGUGAUAAGCUUUUAUAACGCAAACGUCGCUAAAUAUAUAUACUAUAACUUUAUUUUCAAAAGCGUUUUUCGCGAAUUUAUACUUAUGAUAAAUAAUAUUCUCGACCAGCGAACUUUUCGCCCUUUCAAUUUGUUUAUUAAUCGUUUUAAUUCACGCGCCAGUAACAAUAUUAUAACAAUUUCUCCGUUAUACUCUGUUAUAACUGCAGUUCCAGUAUGUUGAUAUAUCCGUAAACUCUUGAUAGUAUGAUAUCCAAAGGUCCGUAUUCUACAAUGUUAAUUUAUAGAAGUUCAGAUUAUAUGGAGGCUGUGGUGUGCUCAGGAAUUUUCAACGACAGGAGAAGUAGCAAAUAACCAUUAAUAAAUUGAAGAGUUUUCUUUCAAAAACAUUUAUGGAAAUUUUAAAGCCAGAUUAAAAACAAGUCAAUUUUUAACGAAUAAAUCGAGCUUUUCCUCGUAACUACUUGGGUAAAUAUAUUCAUUUCAAGAUAAAAUUAAUUAAUAGUACAUAUCUUUAUAGUGGUUGUAUUUUGAAACUAAUGGGAAUGGGGGAGGAUAAAACAGGAUAUAACCUCAAACCUCCCACUUGCGCACGUCACUGUAUCGACAGGACACGGAAAAUUUGAUAAACCAUUGCUAACGAAAAACGACUCCAAAACUCGAGUAUACAUGUUUAAAAAUACAUUUUUUUUACGAUUUCCGUGAAAGUUUGAUUUUUAAAUGUGUAUCAUAAAAAUGUACUACAUACGCUCAGACUUUUUUUUUUUUUUUGAUUACGUAGUAAAAUAUUAAAAAUAUAUGUCUUAAUAUAUUUUUAAACAAAUCUGUUUGGUUAAAUGAUUUUAAUCAUAUAAUACCUACCAAAUAAAAACUAAAAUAAAAAGCCCUUCAAGACAGGAAUGUUUUCUUCGAAUAUUGUACAGAUAUAUUGCAAUGGUUUUUUCGUGGAACCAGUGGCGUGCCUGGGAAUGUAAUAAAUAACAAUCUUUAUUCAUGAAUAAAUCGAAAAACCUUUCGUUAUACUCAGCUCGGCAAUAAUAUGGAUUUUAAAUAGCCUAUUCUUAUUUAAUAAAUAAAUCUAAUAACUUAGCCAAUAUAUAUUAUUUCAAGAUAAAAAAAAAAAAAACAUAUGAAAAUAAAAUUAAUUCUCAUAGUUAUUGUAGUUUUAAACAGCUUGCGGAGAGUAACUCCUAGCAGUGGUGGAUCUACGAGGUAGAUAUGGGGGAUAGAUCUCCCCCCGUGGGUUAAAAUAUGUUUUUACAUAAAUCAUCCACUGUUGCUCAUAAGUGGCACCUUGAUUAAGGCGAUACUGGUCAUAAUAUUUUCAACUUCACAAUUGAAAUAAAAACUAUUUUUUUAUUAUUUAGUUUUCAUUAUUUUGUCAUCAAGAAGGAUACACGUAUCUAACUUCAUAUCAGAUUACGGAUACACACCUCGUACUUAUAUCAUAUCCCGGGAUACAGCUGAUCGUGUGACCAUUCUAUAUUGUUCUGUGAUACUACCUACCUACUUGCCGGCAGCCGGUAUCCAAACAUCGACAGUACAAUUUAUUACCUAUGCUUCCAAACCGUUAACCUAUUGCGACUUAUUGAUGCAAUGAUACAGUCAUCAAAAAAAUUAAAUCUUGUUUUGUAAAUUUAGUAGAAUAAAGCUAUAUAUAUAUUAUGUACGAAAAUGUAUUAUACCGCCCUCCCCCAUGACAAAAUCCUAGAUCCGCCACUGACCCCUAAUCUCCCCCUCCCAUUGUGCACGAUACUAUAGGCAACCGAGUUCCGAUUUUUCGUUCGAUUUGUGUUGUUUUUUGAAUAUUAUUAUAAUCAUAGAAUCGAGAUUUCGUAAAAUAUAGGUAUUAUUAAGUUAGAUUGUGUAUCUAUGUAGGUAUUUAUUCAAUUUAUUGAGAUUAAACGGAUUGAGCCCUUUUGACACGCGUCAUCAUACAUUUAUGUAUAACAUAAUACAUAUUGUAUAGUGUGUGGAUUAUAUUGUAUUGUAAUAUAUGUUUGUAUAAUGCAAUUGUAUACAUAUAUAUAGUAUUGGACUUGGGUCUUUAUAAGCACAUUAUAUGACGAAAUACAAAAAUAAAAUAUAUGGCGCGAUGACGGUGAAAGAGAAAUAAAUAUUCACAUAGGUUAUAAACGCGUUUUACGACUCGAUUAUAAAACCGAAACAUAUUUAUGCAAUCUAUCGAUAUAAUAUUGAUAAAUUCUUGUGAAAUUUAAUAUCCGCAAAUGAUUAUCGCGGUUUUUCGGAAGUAAAUCGCGGACGAAUGAAUUUUAUUUCAAAUCGAUGUAUUUUUCUCGAUAGCGCAAUUGCGUUAGUGACGACCAAGUUUUAUUUUCAUUCGCCUCAAGUUAUACGCAUUUUGUUUAUUUGUUCGUUUAUGUCGGUUUUUUUUUUCAGAUAUAUAUCAUAAUGCUUAGUACAGCGGGUUUUAUAUAAUUUAUAAAAAAAAAAAAUCUAUUUUUUAAUUGAAAAUAUUAUAAUAACAUGUUAAAAUGUUAGUAAACAACACAGUAACAACCUUGGUUUUAUUUUAAACUUACGUGGCAUAUUGUGAUAAGAAUAACCAUCGAAAAUGGGUAAUAUGUAUUUUUACUUUGUUUUAUGCUGUCCCAGCUGUCCCGUUCUGCGUGGUCUGUGCUAAUUCAAUUCCUCCCCCUUUUUUGUGACUAUUGAAAACAGAAUUUAAAAAAAAAAACAUUCGUAAACCGAAAUCAAAAAAAAAAAUUCACUUAAAUGCGUUUCCCCGGUCUCUCUUUUUAUUUAAUCCAUGUCAUCGAAGUAACCACCAGAAAUUAACUAAAAAUAUUCAAUUUUCGUAUUAUAUUCUCGAAAAUAGCUACCUACCAUCUAGAAAUUAAAUUUCGGAAAUCAGACUUUGAGGUUCACAGUUUCACCGUUGUAAGUGGGUAGUUUCGAAGGUGUUAUAUUAUAGAAUAUAAUACAAGGUGAUUUAUUUUAUAAACUGCAGAAAAUAACAAUAAUUAAUUUCGAUCAAAUAACAAACCUUAGCGAAGCACGGUAAACGGUUAAUGUUAUAGUGUAUGUGUGCCUAUGUAUUAAGUUUUGGUUUUCUAUUUGUGGCCAAGUUCACCGAGAAACCAACAAAAAUAAAACCCACUUACCGCUACUUUUUAUAAAUUCAUUUAUUUUUUUAUAAAAACUAAUAUAAAAUCUAGAAAAAUUGCAGUAUCUUUUAAGGUAAAUACUGUGUAAAAAAAUCGGAGAAUUUUACUCACCCACUGUCUUUUCAAAAAAAUAAAAUUAAUGUAAAGUAUAUUUUUGGAGAAAAUAUUGAGUGUUAUGAAUAUCUUAUUAUCCGAAAAAAUAAAAAAACAGCUCAUAGUAAUCAUACUAAAAGCGCCUUCGCUUCACUUAGUAUUUAAAAAUAAUAUAAUAAAUUUUCUAUUUUCCACCAUCAACGUAUUAAUACUAUGUUGAUAAAAUCAAACAAUUCAUAUUUUUGUGUUUGAUAUCUGCAAAAAUAUGUCUAGACAUCUACCUAUUAUGUGCCGUGAAAGUGUUGUACUCGUUAAUAAUCGUCAAACGAUAUCGCAGUAAACACGAUCGAGAAAACUUUCAUUGUGGACACGUGGUAUACUUGCACGGUGUACAUACGAGUAUGACGCAAUUUUGAAUAUUGUGUGACUUGUAUUUUAUAGUGAAUCGAGUUUGUCCGAAUAGUUUGGCACGUCGUCGCAUUCCUUGUCUCCGUGAUAAUAAUAAUAUACUCGUAGUUUAUAGAUUGACUUUUAAAUUCGUCCGUAACACUAUAGGUUAGUUAUAUUAUACUGUCCAAGCAGUCUCUUAUCAUUGUAUACUUAUGCUUUAGAACUAAACAAUUAUAUUAUUAUAUCGAUAUACGCACAGAGAUGUGGACAAGAUAUAGGUACUUCAAAGAGAAAUACUCAUUACUAUGAAUAAAUUGAUUUCCAUUGAUUUCAGAUACGAAAUAAAAUAGAUUCGUAAGUAACAAGUAUUGCAUUACAAAAUAAUCGUAAAUAUUUCCGACAAUUUAAAAAAAAAAAAUACCAAACCUUGCUGGUUAUAAUAUUGAACGUUUAAAAUUCAGUUGAAGGUAUGUUAUUUAACCAUGUAUGUGAAUUUUUUUUAUCUUUUCCCUACUCAUCCGGUUUAAAUUGUUAACUAUUUUAACUCGUAAAUGGUAUGCGUUCACGAUAUUUUGGUGUUUCGUGCGUGCAUUAAAUUUGUUUGAAAGUAUAUUUUGUCAUUUUAAACAAAUUUUCAUUUGUCAUUUUUACUAUAAAUACGUGCUGAAACAAAGUUUGGAAACCUCUGGUCUAUAAUAUCAUUUUAUUAUGAGUGGAAAGAAAAAAUCGAAAUCAAAAUUUACUCCAUAUUUUCGCCUAUAUAUACCAGUACACAUAUGAUAAUCGCCGCGGGUUCUUGAUAUAAAAAAAUCACUCUGUAGGUAUAAUAUUUGUAUACAUUAUACAGAGUAUUAUAAAGAGAAAUCGAGAUCAUCGCGCGAGAUUUCAUUAUAUUAUGCUAUAUAUAUACAUAAAUAAUUGCGAUAUAUGAGAUCCCCCGACGACUCGUCAAUAAUAUUCUGGUCAACCUUAUACUAUACAGAGCUGAAACGCGACGGGAUAUUCUAUAGGAGCCGUCUUCCGAACCUGCAGUCGGUCGUUUCCGGUUGAAAAUCAAGUUUGACGCGUGUACGGAAUGUAUGCGCAGUCGUAUUUUUUCUUUACCUUGUUCGCUUAUACCAACAAUAUUAUAUUUGAAAAAAAAAAUGUGUGUUAGAAUCGCGAUAGUCGAUAUUAAUUCAAUACGCGCGGCAAUUAUUAUGCGAUAGAACGCGUCAUCGCAACCGUUUCGACGAUGUUCGAACGUGAUAAGCUGCACGCCGGCAUCUUUUCGAUUUCAGCGUCUUGUAUUUAAAUAUUCUCGGUCGCGUUCGCAAUUUUAAUCGCCUUGCAAAAUACUGCAAUAUGUAGUAUUACAGGAACAUGGAAAAUGUCGUUUUCAUUAACUAUAAUUUAGAAAAAAGACAAUUUAAUGAUUUAUAAUCGCUAAAUUAAUAUAUAUUGAAGGCUCGCCAGAAAAACCUCGUAAUUCGUUUUAUUUUUUUGUAUAUCUGUUAACAACUUUUUUACCAGAAAUCUUGCUCCAAUCAAAAACUUUAUAGAAACGUUUAUUAGGAAAAUGUUGAUCUUGUUUGUGCAUUGAAAAGGUCAAUUUUUGAUUUUUCUAGUAGUUUACUUAAUAAGCCCCAAAGUUUUUUUAAAAGUAUUGUUUAUUUUGUUCAAGAUUUUACUAAGAUGCGUUUUUUUUUUCAGAAAACAUUUUCACGAUUAGUAAAAAUACUCCGAAUUUUUCACACCAUACAUUAUAAGUUGCGGGUUUUUGGCUGGUGGCACUUCAUUUAAAUAAUUAUUUGAAUAGUUUUUCUAAAAAUAAUUUAAAACCGACAAAAAUUGAUAAUAAAUUUGUAUACGUUUGUUUAUUUCUGAGUUACCUUGGCCGCAAGAAAAAACACAGUAUUGCAGUUUAUUCAGCUUCGCUUAGAAACGUUGUUUGAUUGCAAUCAUUUAUCUUUAACCCUUGCUAUACAAACUAAAUGUUACCUUAGAUAUAUUUUAUAACUUCCAAACUUGCUAUCUACAACAGUGACUUAACACGGUGUAAAGUUUGUUCUUUCUUCGUUUUAUACGAUAUUUGUAUGUAAUCACAUUAUAUACAUAGAUGUCUGUUUUGAUAAUAUCAGCGGUUGGUAAAAUCUAUUAUAUUUAAUUGCAUAUAAGGAUUUCGAAAAAAAUAAAUAAUACUGACUUAAUCAUUCGUUUUCAUUCCGUAAACAAAAACUGCAACAUGCCAUUUAGCGGAAUCGACCUUUCCAUGGUGCGUCAUUCUGUAAUUAUAAUAUAAAAAAACCUAACAGAUUUCUAAUUGAACAAUAGUUACCUAUGGAUAAUAAAUUGUUUACAUAAUAAUACGAAUAAUAAGUUUGUAUUAACUAUAGAUGCACACUACAAUAAAUAUCAAAUUUUCGCAUCACGGUAAUGAUUUAUCAUGACGUCAACUGCGUAUUACGUAAAAUGUUAUUUUUAAAACAAGACCUAUAUGUACCGAAUUACAUCUAUAUAUGCUCAUAAUUUGCAAUUGCGGACAGAGACGUAUUUAUGGAGGCUCUAGGAGAUAUCUGAUCGUCUCGGGUGGCAUAUUUUUGAGGUAGCAUUUUUAAACAUAUUUUCAUAUCUAACAAUUAACAUCAUUACAAUUUGCGCUCUCGCUUCUCAAUUCUCUAUGAAAAUAUUAUUAUUAUUACUUUUUUUUAAUCUCGUUAUCAUACUCAAAUUGAACAGAGAAAACUGAAAAGUGUUCAAUAGUAAAAUCAUAUCAUGGCCUUAGAUAGAUAAUAUGUAUUCACAGUGAAAUACUUAGGAAAUAUAUAAGUGAUUAUUGACUAAUUAAAUACAUAAUUGUUUUAUAAAAAUACAGUUAUAUUAGGGCUGUAAAUUUGUAGGAAAAUGUAUUUUUUUAUCAGCUGAUCGCAAAACGUAACUUUAUUCUUUGCACAUACAAAGUUUGAAUUAUGUAACGAUGAAUUUAAUAGUGAAAUUUGUAUGUUGCAUUUUUUGAACUUAUUCAGGAAUUGUUUUAACUGAUAAGACCAUUUUUUCCUUUUAAGUUCAUUUACGUUAUUUUUUAUCCAUUUUCACAUAAAUUACAUAUUAUUUUAAUAUACACAGACUGUGUAUACGUCAUACUUAUAUUUUAUUCUCGUUUCCUUGUUUUAAAUUAGUUUACACAGACUAUAAUACACUAUAUAGGUACGAGUAAGUUUACAGAACUACGUUUAAUUUGUCACGAUUCGAUAAGAUUAGGCUAAUCGCUAGCGACAUAUCUGCAGUAACAAUUUUCCAGUGUAAUGUCCCUUUGAAUUUUAUACUGCAAUAUUUGGGAUUAUCUGGGGUUUUUAUAAUUAAAAUGCACAGUUUUAUACAAUUAUAACUUAUAGAUAAUGUAUAAUAUUGUAUAAUAAUAUAUAGUUUGAUAAAUUACAUGAAAAAACUAAAGUGUUUAUAAUUUACCCUGAUGUUAGUUGAAUAUGUGUAAUAUAAAUUAAAUUGAAAUAAACAUUUUUUUUUUUUUUUUGUCAUAAAUUUAUAUUAAUUUUGGGAGAAGAGGGAUGGGGUGGAAAAAUAACCCGGACACUAUAAACCUAUAAAUACAUUUCUAAUUUAUUGCUAGAAAGAAGUUUAAUCUCUCUGGAAAUUAAUUUGUUCAUUUUGAAUAAUGUACCUAUAUAAUAUUAAAUUGGUCCUUAGUUUAGUUAACUAAUAACGAUUUCUUGAGUAUUAUAAAUUGAUGCAACAUAUUAAAACUGUAUGUACUUAAAUUGUUCUAUUAGCGAUUUAAAAAUAUUUUUUAACAGAGUAUCUAGAAAAAAAAAAAUACAAAUAAUGUUAAACAGCAGUCGUGAUUGUUAGCGAUUUACUUUUGUAGUUGGUUCGUUCAAGUACUUUCGUUAAACUCGCCGGCGCGAAUUUUGAGAAAUUAUCGGACGUAUCCCGCUCAACGCCAUGAGUUUUCUGAAUAAACUUUUUUUCCCCGAUCAGCCAAUAUAUCGAAUCGUGAAAGUCUCUAUUGAAGUACGAACCACCAACAUUGGUUCCACCCCCUCUUCUCAGGGUUGGACAUCUUAUGAAAACAGCCCGAAAAAUAUUUAUUCUGCGUCCUCGUUUCGACUAAUUACUUCUACUGCCAAUACUUUCACUUGAAAGCGUUCUCAAUGACGGCUUAUUUGUGUCAAUCAUUUAUAGCCUACGCCCCAAAGGAGUUUCUGCACAUAGAUUAUUAUAGGCGCUUAAUUACUUACUGCAGUCCCUUGCAGCUUAUUAAAGGCCCCUAAAUAGUGUUAAGCAAUCCCUGGCGGCUUUUUACCAACGCCUCGAGCACUAUUUUACAGCUCAAUAGAACAACCCUUGAUCAUAUCUCGUAUUGUGUUAGACUCGAUUAGGCAACUUACUUUGACUUAUGCUGGCAGACUUUAUUCAACUAACUCAUUUUUAUCACGGCCUAUACCAGAGUACUUAAUGUAACGCUGGACAUUUUUUUAUUAAGGAAGAGUGUAUAUUUAAAAUGCCCUAUCGAUUCCACCAGUCUAGAGAUGCAAGUUUAAUCGAACCAGAACAUUAUGGGGAAAAUGGAAAUUUUCCAAAUUAAAAUUAGCUAAAUAAUAUAUUUUAUCUGAAAUGUUGAGAUUCUGAAAAAUGUAAUGUAAAAUGACUAUUAUGUUUUCGUAUUUGAUAUCGACUAAUUUAAAUGAUCAAUGCCUUUAUUGUUAUUUUGUUAAUUGCUAAUAUAUUAUAUUUUAAACUAUUUUACUUCUUUUCCUUCACCUUUACCCCAACUAUUUGGCGUUGAUUUCCUAGAUGGGACAAUCCGCCUAAGUCUUGUUUAGAACUCCUCGUCCUGUUUGAUAGAAUUUUACACCGGCUGUUGACCUGACGCAACCCCAUUAGUCGUCUCUUACGACAGGUAGAAGUACCAUGGAAGUAUUAUGUUCCCGUCCCACAGAGAGAAUUUUUUAAACUAUUCUAUAUUAUGUACAUAUAAUAUGUUGUAUAAUUGCCUAUUCUAAAUAUAUUUUUUAUGUACCUACCGAUAGUGAUUUGAAAUUCUCUGCUAGUUUUUUAGGCCCGAUUAAAAACAUACCUAUCAAAAAAAUAUAUACAUAUAAAUAUCUGGUCGGGACGUUAUUGUUGAGAAAUCGGCUGCUUGGCUACGAUUAUACGUAUUAUUAUAAUAAUGACGAUCUGCGGUCGGCGGUCGUAUUGUCGGGCUGUUUCUAUCCCGUUUCAUGUAACCACGAGUAUAAAAUCGUAAAUUUUAUUAUGUCAUUGUAUAAAUAUACUCACUAUAUAUUAUUUAUACUAUGUUAUAUUAUGUAUAGUAUGUGGGGUGCGUGAAGUGACGUCGGCGACAUAUAUACACGUAUAUAGGGUGAAUCGACACUAUAUAUACCUACACAUUAUAAUAACAAUAAUCUUAUAUAAUAAACUCCGGAGGGACCUGCACGAGCACAAUGGUCCGGGCGCCCUCUAUAGUAUACCCGGUAUAUUAUGCCCGCGAGUCCGCGAUCUAAUUGUCGGGUUUUUCGGUUUCAAAGGCGCCCGCGUAUAAUGCACGUGAUAAUUGAUUGCGGGACGAGAGGUUAGGUCGCGGGGGACGACGUUUGAUUGCCGUUUCUGCGCGUCUUUGGCGGUUUUUUUUUAUAGGGGAAUUACGGCUUUAUAUACGACGACGACGGUUGUUUUUUACCGCACACCGGUACACUUAACUGUACCUAUAUCGACGAGCUGCAGUUUACGACGGCCGAUUUCCCGGACAAAAGCGGCCAAUAGUUUUAAACGACAAUAGUACCUAUAUAAUAUGUAUCUAUACAUCAGUAUUCAGUAUAUUCAUUCCGGGGUUUCCCUUUUUCGUGUCUGGACGCGCAUUAUUAUUUAAAAUAUAUACUUGCAUACGAUACUGACGACGGAUCCCGGGCCCAUUGUCCCGUUUAGACGUUUUUUUUUUUUUUGUUUUUGCGGUUUUCCGACGGUGGAUUUAUAAUAUACGAACGGAUACACGCACGCACACGAAUACUUGAGCGUCACUCGUUUAAAACAGGUACACUUAUACUUACGAGGUAUUAUUUAGACGGACCCGGACGACGUGCGGAUGUGUAUAUGUUUUAUAUAAUAUACCCCUGUAAUUAAUCUCGCGACUUUUCGGGGUCUCUUAUUAUUUACAGCAUCUCGCCGUCACCGCGGACCCGAUUAACACACCGUAUACAUUUAGAUAAUAAUAUACCUAUAUAAUGGCGUUAAAGAUAAAAAAAACAACAACAAUAUUAUAAUAAACUCACCCCUCCGCGCGAUUAAUCACGUGUCAAACGAUAAUGGAAGUUUCGGGCUUUACCGCUCGAUUUACAUAAAUCCCACUCGUUUUGAAAACGCGCGUCAGAAAAGCGAUUUAUAACUCGUCGCGCGUAUUAUACAGCACGUGUACUAUGAUGCAGUGUAAUUAUAUUAUAUUCGCUUAUACAUUGUCCUGCUGCACCGCGUCCUGCAUCGGCCGAUGCGACGAUAUUUAUUGCGUUUGUCGUUGUUAACUCUGCGAAAAUCGUCGCUUAUCGUGGUGCGCGCACAAGACGUAUAGGUACUUGGGGAAGAGAAUGGGGUAUGGGGAUAUAACACGUAUAACCCUCUCCGAAAUGUAUGCUUCUUUACGGCAAAUUUCUUUAACUCCAAAUAAACGUACAUAAAUAUGUAACACUGUAAUAGUAUAUUAUACCUAUUAUUAGAGUUUCGCCUAAAACCUUCCCUGAACUCAACAAAUCCUACGGUGGUGCAGCGAAAUAUCCGGACAAAAUUAAUUCUAUGUCGAAUGUAACUGAGUUAAGUCUCGGUAACUUACCUUAGGUCAGUUACUUUGAUAAAUAACAAGUUAUUACUCCAAGAAAAAAUUAAAUCAUUAAGUUAUUGGAUAGUUGCUUAACGAUUUGUUCACAGUUACACGUAAAAAACAUAUACUCUAGUUAAGUUACUUUCAGAAAAUUAUUUUGUAAUCUUUGCCGAAAACGUUUGCUUUUCCAUUUUUUCAGCCCAAAUAGUGUGAACGCUAUACAUUCUAACGAGUAUUCGUUUAUUCGAUUGCGCAAAUUUGUUUCACAACUACAGUAUGUCUGUUUACAUUAAUGAUGUAUUAAUAUUUAACAAACCGUUUAUUGUCUAACCCUGUCUUGGAUUUUUAAAAUUGUCUAAAUAACAAUAACAGUUUGUCGAACUAUAAUUAUAGUUCGGUUAAUCGUAAAUUAUAUUUGAUGAAUUAUCGAUAUUUUUGUUGAACCGUCAAUUCUUUAUUCGUGUCAACAAAUGAUGACGGACUGGUUUUAUACACACGAUUUCUCGUUCUGCGCGUUACACAGUAUGUUCAUCAUAUAAUAUGUAUAUUGUAUUAUUACAUUGAAUAGUGUAUCGAAAAUGUCAUAAUAUUAUUACCCAAUUUCGUAAUACAGAGUUCACGUUAACAUAAUUCGGUGUAAAAAAAACCUAUAAUUAUUAAAGUACCAAUAGUAAAAAACUACAAAAAAAUAUUAAUUACUGUACUUAUCCAUUUUCUUUAAUUUUUUUUUUAACGUUUUCCUAUAAUUAUAUACGUAAAUAAUUAUUAAUUUAUUGCUAUUAAUAGAUAUAUUUUACCAGUUAAAAAUUGUUUUCCAGCAAAAGUGUAUUAUUAAAACAUUUAAAAAACGUUUGUAAAAUAGGAAAAAAAAAAUUUUCUAAAAGGAGGAGGCGGAUAUUUCGAAUUUUACUCGAAAAACACUCUUGGCUCUUUAUUCGACAACAAGAGGCGUUCAUUUUGUGUAACAUACACCUAUAUAUGUUAGGCAUACGUGUUUUUCAUUGUACCAUAAACAAUAAUAAUACACAUACUUGACGUAUGCACGCAUAAAACUACCUUUGUCAAGUAUAACUUGUACAUUUUUUUUUUCUACAUUUUCCGUGUUAAAUAGCACGAUAAACACAUAGGCCUCAUUUAACGGUCAUCAUAUGAUUACAUAUGUGUAUAGCAACGGUUCAUUAUAUGUGUCCUGGGAUGCCGCAUCGUCAUGUGAAAUAUUAUCUAAUCUUAAAGUAAAUUUGAAACCCAAAUGACAGUGUAGAAACGGUGACGAUUAUUACGAUUACACUUAAACGGUUAUGAGAGCAUACUCCAGUAUAAUAUAGGUCUAUAGGCUUAGGUUCUUUUUUGUUCAUUUUUUUUUAGAAAACACUCUUUCAGUUAGUAAAAAUGUUCAAAACUAUUCACAUUUAACCUCAAAACAUGCUGCAUUUUCGCCAAGCAGUACUUAAUUUAAAAAAAAUAUCUAGACUCCCAACAGUUUUUCUCUAAACUUAAAAAAAAAAUAGCAACGUUUAUAAGUAUACUUAUAGGUUUUAUUCUUGUUUAUUUCUAAGUUACUACUAAUACUAGAUACUCAGUUCAAAAAGUUCGUCACGAGUCAAAAAAUUUAGGGAAGCACUGGUAUAUAUAUUAUACUAGUAUAAUAUACCUAAACAGCUUGCAAAAGACGCCGCAAAAUGAAUAAUUACAAAUUAUUUUUAGUUUAUUACGACAGUUAAACGGAGAAUAUUGGAGAAUAUACAGGUCGUACCUAUGUACGACCUGUAUACAAUAAUAUAUAAUAUACUCUUAAACUAUUUAGUUUUUUAUUUUUUGUGAAGUAAAUAAAUAAAACUUGUGCGUGAUAAAAAUCUUACUAACGAAUACCCAUUGUAGGUAUCCUUUUGAGAUUUCAAUAAAUUCCGUUUAUACAGUGAAAAAUCAUUAACCUACGUCGUUCACGAUAGCAACACAAGACAAACCGUUUUUUUCUCAUCGGCAGGCAAUGAAUAUAUUAUAAUAUAACAGUGUUUUCAAAGAGUGUAAAAUUAUAUUAUACACGUCUAAUUGUAACGCCCGACUACCUAUUUUUUUUUUCUUUACAAUAAAAUAUCGACAGUACAAUUUUAUUAUUCUCAAUAGAUCGGCUUUAAAAUUAGAAAUCAGUAAUUUCAAUUCAAUCGUUGUAGGUACGUGUACAUUUACUAUGUUCAUAGAUUUUGCUAAGAAUUUCGACUAGAAAACUUAAUUCAUUCAAAAGAUAACAAAAGGGGAAAUUCUAAAAUAUAUCAUUGUUGCAUAAGUUAGUGAAUUCAGGAGAUCAUUUUUUUGUUUGUUUUUUUAUUAUUAAUAUAGGGAAAAACUUAAAACCAGAUUACGAUACCUACAACAGUUUUGAUCAAAAUGAAUAGACACAGGCCUGCAAAAGAGAGUUUUAUAUAAAAUCUGCAGCGAAACUUAUAGCCAGAUUUUUAAAUUAGGGUUCAUUGUGUAAUUUUAGACAUUUACAAGGCUACAUAGGGAGGGGGGGAAUAAGACCUACAUUAACAGGUACCGAGUAUUAGCUGUUAAGUAGUUAGAUAUAAUACCUAUACAUUUUAAUGGACUCCAAUGUUCCAUCAUAUUAUUAUCAUUAGCCAAUUAAACUUAAAUCUACAAAUUACAUAGAUUAGGAUAGGUUAGGUUAGGCCGAAAUUAAUAAUAAAACGUGUUAAGCCUACUGAACAGUUGUGACUGAUUUAAUAAAUGCGGUCAAAAUAUUGACUUAUCCGUCACAUUCGGAAUGCGAUUGAACUGAACGGAUCCAGGAGCGUGUUCGCUCAUUUUUAAUAGGUACUUACUAUAAUAAUCGUGUUUGUUAUUAUAAUAGCCAAUUGUAUAUUAGACGUGUAAUAUAAUUUAUUAUUUGCCAGCAUUAUAUUAUAGGUACACACCGGCUAAGAAGACGAGUUUGGCGCGUUGCAGGGGAGUGAAAGCCCCCCGAAGCGUCCAUAGAGAUAUGUGUUGUCCGUAGAUGCAAUCUUGGAAUAUUUUGUAAUCAACGUAAUCAGUAAACUUGGAUGUUUAUCGUACGAUCGUUGCCCGCGGUCGAACGGCCAAUUUGAUAAACCUACCUACUAUGUUAUGCACCUAUUAUAACUGUUAAACAAAUACAAAUACAGUAACAAUAACACACGUUAGUGAUGCAGUUAUAGAUACCAAACGGUAUACAGUAUACGGUUAAAUUGUUGCACACGACUUGACGCCGUAAGUUUAGAACAGAUAAUUCGUACUUUGGACGAAUUAUAAAAAAAAAAAAAACUUUAACUGUGUGCAAAACUGUGCGUCUAGCCUUGAGCGGAAAACAGUGCAUUUUUAGUACUUUUUCUGUCUCGUCGUUUUAUUCGUUGUGUUAUGAUUUUGUUAUACACUGCACUCGUGUUAAAAUAUAUUUGCAUACUUACAACGACAAUGAUGACACGACUAGUGAAAUUUACAACAAAAUUAGCAAAAAGUGAUUUAAAAAAAAAAAAUGCUGUAACUGGUUAUAUCGAAAAACGGUUUUGAGCAGAAUGUUAUAAAUUUAGAGCGUGGAUUUAUAUUCUCUUAAAAUCUUGAAUAUAUGAUUAUAAAAUUCUCUAAGAAUAUUAUUAAAAUAUUUAAAAAUAUGUUUUUAUAUGAAUAUUCAAUAUAUUCUCUUAACAUCAAAAUAUGUACUUAUAUGUAAAACAAAUUUAAUAAAUAAUAAUUAACAAAAUCAAUAACAUUAUUAAAAUAAUAAUAUACUCAUGUUUUUAGAUCAUUAUUUCGGUAUCGUUUUUAAUUUAAUGAAUUAAAUUAAAACUUGUAAAUCAUAGCAGAACAGUCAUAUACUAUGAAAAAAAGGAUUUUUUAAUUUUAUUAGCUUCGAAUACCAAAUGAUAACUCGUUAUCACUGGAGGAAAACAUGUGAUAAUUUACGUGGUAACAAAUUAUUACCAAUUAUUCGGGCCGUAGGUAGUCUGUUGUCUGAUAUUAAAAAUUCGACUAACAGGAUGUGUACCAUCGUCAUUUACCCUAUUUGUAUUAUGAUAAACAGUAAAAUAAUAAUUUUCGCACUUCAUUAUCAUUUGCCAAAAAUCAAAUCGUAGUGACAUUGAAAACUAUCGUACGACGUAGUUAUUAAUAAAUUAUUAUAAAAUAGAAAAAAAUUAUCGUUGCGGUUGAAAUGUACAUAAUUUUUUAAUUCCUGGAAAUAUUUCAAUACAUACAUUUUUAAUUAGUCAAAUAUGCACUUAUAUGCAAAAUACAAUUUUGUACUUAGAUUCUUUGUACUGUGAAUCGUUAACAUAUCCUACUCUCGUGGUUAUGCACACAUCCAUUAAAAAAAUGUUUUUACAUAGAAAUUCGCGCUCUAAAUUUAUAAUUAUAGUUGUAUUUUUUCCCUUGUUGCCAAGAUAACACAGAAACUAUCCACUAUCCACUCUGAAGUCCACUUAUUGCACUAACUAUAAAUCAAAAAUGUUACAGGUAUUUUCGUUUCUGGUUAGAGCAAAAUUGUAGAUACAAACAAUUUUUACAGAUCGUAGUAAGGCCAAAACAUACAUCAUUUUUUUCACUCAAAAACUAAAACGUCUCGGCUUUGAAAAUCUAGUAAAAAAAAAUUCCAAACAGUGAACUUUUAUUAGGCUGUAAACAAAUUAUUCUCGAUAAAAUAACAUAGGCACCUACUACAUGUAUAUUUUUAAAUAUCUAUUAUUAUAAGUUUUCAUAUUUAAUGCUUCUAAACGUAUUAUCUACAAAUUGUAUACGCAUUUUUCGCCCGAAUGCAAAGCCUCUCUUAGUUUUUUCAAACGAAAAUUUUGUUCAGGCCGUCCUGAUAUACUAGAACCGCGUGUGUGAAAAGCAAGAUAAUAAAUUUGAUUUUUUUUUUUUUUUCAGAGAAGAGUUGAUGUUACACCAGAUCACGGACGGAUCGCAUUUCAUGCAACUGAUAUUCGGCACGGGAAUGACGCUUUACGACUGCGAGUACGUCCAGGAACCCGAAACGGCUGCGCAUUUCGUUCGCGAGUUUUGGGAGGAGGAACGGGGUAAAAAUCACACGGUCGAAUCCUUGACGGAGAAAUACGCCUCUAUGGUAAAUUUCAAUCGUUUGAAAAACGCUUGUCAUAAAAACCAUAAGAAAACGAGGAGAAGACUGGCGUACCAGCACCGUCAUCGCCAAAGCGACGCCGACAACGACGUCAAUAUCGUUAACGACGGGUCAGUUUACAUUAUAAUAUUAUACGUACCUAUCUACAUAAUAAUAAUUAUAAUAAAUACGAGUAUAUUAUUAUAUCCGGUAGUAAUGGUGCGUAUAGGGUGCACACAGUGUUUAGGUACCGUUGGUUCUAUUUGUAAAGUAUACCCGCCUAUUAUAUAUUCAAGCAGGAAAACUUGUUUUGUUUUUUUUUUUUUAGAUUUUUGUCUUUUGGGUUGUUGCAUAAUAAUACGGAUGCAGUAGCAUAGCUGACCAUAAUUAUUAAAAAUUUCGCUGGACGCAAACGCUGGCAGCGGUAUAUUAUUAGCUGGAAUCAGGGUAUGCGGGUUUUUAUGUACCAAAAAAAAAAAUCUAAAAUAUGAUUCUAAUAUUUUCAAAAAAAAAAAAACCCAACAAAAUAUUCUCUUUAAAACUUCGAAAAUUAUACAAUAAUAAUCAAUAAAUAAUUUUUUUUUUUACGUUUCACAUUUCUACAAUAUGAUAAAGUAAUCAAUAGAUAGACAGUAGAUAGAUCAAUAAUUUAUUGCUGAACAUACAUUGAUUAUAAUAUUAAAUAAAAAAUGUUUUUUCUUUUUUAAUUUAACUUUACUUGCGUACAAAGUAAACAAAUACGUUGUUCUUAUCAGUAUGAAACCCACUGUCAGUAGCCGGUUAGCCAAAUUCUUAAAUCCCUGAAAUAUUCUCGAAUUCAUAAAAAAUCUUAUUUCUCUCAUAAAACUGCAUAUUAUACUCAGUAACAAUGUCUAAACAAAUAAAAAUUUCGAACUCUAUAAAAUUAUUAUAAUUCUUACAUAAGGUCGACAGCUUUGAGCACAAAAAUAUAAUAAAAACAUCAUGCAUAUUAGUGAUGGCGGUCGAUCAAUCUUUGCAAAUAGGAUAUUCUUGCCAAAAACUAACGAAAACACACGACAAACCGUACCUAUACUGAUCGUAAGUUUUUUUUUUUUUUAUUCUAUUAUAGUUAUUUUACGAGGCGCGCGGUAAUUAAUGGGCGUUUUACACGUGUAGAUAAUUUUAGCCCAAGUUUAUAUACCUGCUGGUUGGCUAUAGAUUUCUAAACUAUAUUUGUAUGCUCUAACAACGGGGAACUACUGGAGUAUAUUAUAAUAUUUAGUCAGUAAUAGAAAAACGAAAUCCGUAAUACCACGGAGGAAAGACCAAGUAUUUUAUGAUAUUGAAUUUCGGAAUUCUGUUAAUUAAAUGAUAAUCGAUUUAAAUAUACACGUUAAAUAGAUUUCGAGGUUAGCUUAUGAUUUAUAUGAAUUCCCGAUGGUAAUUUUUAUUUUCGAACAUAAAUUUAAGCGGUUCUAACCCCCCCCCCUCCCCUCCCUCCCGAAUAAAUGAUAAAAAAAAUCAUUAUUUGCGCCUAUGGUUAUAUAUAUUACAGAAAGAAAAAGACAAAAAUGUUUAUUGUUGGUAACGAUUGGCAGCACGGUAUAAACUCAAUUCACGAAAAUAUGCCUCACGAAGACCACCCAAAACAUAAUGAUACAGGAAUAUCGGCGCCACUGCGUUAUUGUAUACUAUUAUUAUAUAGAUAAUGAAUAUUAUAAUACUAUUACGUUCGCGUUCCGACACUCGACCGUAUAGGAAAAUGGCAAUUGAAUAAAUUAUUAUAAUCACACGCCCGCGGUAAGCGAUAUUUCAAAAGAGUCGUAUUAAUAAUACACACGCUUGCGAUAAAAUUUACGAUAAUCACGUAAAAUAUUAUAUUGCAUAGCACUAUUAUUUAUUUUUAUACUCGAUGAGCCGGAGAGACAAGCGCUUGUGGUGAAAACGGAUUGAAAACAUAAGCGAGAACCGAAACGACAUUGUUGGACUUAAGUUUUGAAAGCGGAAUGUAAAAAAAACAAAGAGGUCUAAACAUAAAAUUAAGUUCUCGUUUAAAAAAACCAAAGUUGUUAUCACCAUAGGAUACUCCUUAAAUAUUGCGCUAAAUCUAAUACCUAUUAAUAUCUCCGUUCAUUGAGCUUAAAAUUUCUAAAAACCAUCAUUUGAUUUUGAGCUUAUGCAUAAUUUAACCAUACAAAUGGUGCGAGUAUGCUUAAAAAUCACCUUGUAUAUUAUAUUAUAUAUUUAUAGUUAUAAAACAAUUAUUUAAUCAAUAUAAUAGUUUUUAAAAAUUAUCCUUGUCAUUUGACUGCCGCUGUAAUCUAUACAUACAAAACUAACCUUAUAAAAUCACCAAUCCAUUUUUAAAUUUGUAUUUUUACACCGAUACCUGUUAUUAUUUCCUUAAUAAUGCUGGUAAGAAUCAAAUUAUUAUUUCUCUUCUAUGGAAGAGUCACUAUCUAUGGAUAACAUGGCAUGUUUGUCACAGUGUUGCCAAGUUAGCACACAAGGAAAGUAAAUUCAAGGAUUUCGGUUGAUUUUCAAUUAACUCUUAUUUUUAGGCUUGAAACGAUCCGUUUAUGACCAUCGCACUUCUAAGUUCUAUUAUGUACAGCGAAGCAUCGAUAUUUUUUUCAGGUCGUUUUCUAUUGUAUCAUACCAUAUUUGUCAAAGCGUUCCUCUUGGUCUUUUCUCCGUUAAUUUCUAUAUGAGCGAACCUUCUGCUCGUUAGACAUGUUUUGCUCAUUUUAACUUCUUCGAACUAAAAACCAUCGUACACUUGGCUCAUUGACGCAGGUUUUCGUUACCUAGGUCUUCUUUGGAAACUUUCUAAGUCAUUAAAUACAUACACCGAUCCAUAAAUAUUUACUGCGGUAUUUUUCUUUUAGAACCGUGUAGUUUUUCUACAUUGCUAUUAGUGCUAGGAACGAUUUUUAAUCUAUAAACUUAUUUAUCUAGGGUUAAAAACUAAUCGAUAGUAAAACGUAUACGUAAAUCUCGUUUCGAAGUCGACAUGUGUGUGAUAGAGGCGAAGGGGACGAAGAAAAAUAUCAUUUAUAUAUAAUACGAGUAUAUGUUUAUUUGAAUAUUUUCCCCCUUUCAGAAAACGCCGGAAGAGAGAUCUGAUGUCCGUGUUCAGAAUUCCCGGUACCGAGUGGUGUGGCAAAGGACGUUCGGCCAAAUCGUACAAACACCUCGGCGGGUUCGGCGGAGCGGACAAAUGCUGUAGGAUUCACGACACUUCUUGUCCCAUGUGGAUCGGAGCCAUGGAAAGAAAAUACGGCCUGUUCAAUUGGAGAUUGAACACACUGAUGCACUGUUCGUGCGACCGCAGGUAACCGCUGAUAAUAUAACGAUAAUAAUAAUAAUAAUAUACCGACGACGGCGUUGCCGACAACUGUCAAUCACAAUCGCGGUACUUUUAACGAUUUAUUAAACGGUCAUAAAAAAAAUAUCGAUUACGAUUCGUGCGCGGAAAAAAUUAACACCGCGUGUGUAUACAAAUAAACACCCGCCAAGACAGCGCCCACGUGCCCGUCUACGUACCUAUACCUAUAUCCGACACGAUACGAUGUUUACUUAAAGGUCCGAAUGACGGGUCGGCGAAAAACGUUUAAAAAAAAAAAAAAAAUCUGACGGCCAACAGGUGGGAGGUCGACAAAACAAUCGUGAUUAAACAACGUGGUUUUUAUUUGUAUUCGUUGGCGUUAUACAGGUAUUUCGAACGCCGAGGUUUAAUUUUGCUUUUGUUACGUUAACCUCUAUACUAUAUUAUAAUAUUGUCCGUACAAACAUCUUUUGCGAACGUAGUUAUUCUUUAGAAAAAAGGUUAUAAAAUGUGAACGUUACCCAAAAGUAUACUAUAACAUAUGUUAUAAGUCAUAUGUAUAAUAUGAAUUUCGUUCGUCCUGUAUUAGAGAUAUUAUUAUGUUAUAGGUGCCCAUACUUAUUAUCAGAUUUUAAGGUUAUUUAUGCGCUAAAAAAAAAAACCAAAAAUCAACUAAAAUUGCACAUAACAUAACAUAAUAUUAACAUUUUACAGAAUUGAACUUAUUUGAAUUUAUCUUAUGCUUAGAUUACUUAAUUUAUGAAUCUCAUGCCGUGUAAUUUUUUUGGAAACGUUAAGGUAUACAAUCGUAUACGUAUGUAUUUGCACGGGGUAUAUCCCGUAUACCCCGUAUGUACCCUGCAAAACAUCACUGAUAAUAUGUAUUAGUAUAAUAAUGUAUUUGUUUUAAAACAGAGUAUAUAAAUAGUCAUUGUCCGAACAAUAUUGCAAUUUAAACGUAAUUCGAUAUUGCCAUAAAAUUACAGUAUCGUUUUUGUGCCACAUAGUAAAUCGCUAAAUAUACGAUUUUAUUAAUCAGAACCGAGACAAUUAAAAACGUUCCUCUUCUAGAAUUUCAAUUGAUCUUAAUUAAACCCGUUAUGUUCGCUAAAUUAAUAAUUAUCAUUAUACUCACACUAUACAUGUUAAUUUUAAUUAAGUGUAGUGCAUUGUUAUGGCGUUAUGUUAUAGAUUGAACGCAUUUCAGUUUUUCAUAAACUAUUUAUACGGCGUUUGGAAAGCACACAAGUGUAAAAUAAUUAUGUAUUUUAUGUUUGGAUAGGUGUUUACAUAAAUUGUUUUAAAAACGUCGCUCUAUACCUGCAAAUUUGAGGUAACUACCGUAUUCCUGCAAUUAAAUUAAAUAUGUGUGUAUAAUAAUACCGGUAUUGUUACAAAAUUACGCAUAACGAUCGGAGAUUAACGAACCUGUAUAUUAUUAAACAAUAUUUGUAUUACUGUACAGGAGCUGUAUACGUUGACAUAAUGAGAGAUGAUUUCCACUGGGGGAGUAUUAUGUUUUUAAGGUGAUGAUAACAAUGUUGACUUUGUUGUUCAGUCUGCCCACACCGGGCAUUCAAUAUUUGCUGACUUUUUGGUCAUUCGUGGUUCUCUAUUAUUAUUAUGCAUACAAAACCGGCCUAAUUGACUACGUCCUCUUAAAAAAAAAAAAAAAAAAAAAAAAAAAAAAAAAAAAAAAUUUUUUUUUUUUUUUUUUUUUUGUUUUUAAAUAUUCUUUCUUCAUACUAAAAUGUAAAUAUCACGCCGCUUUUGUCGGUCGAAAAACGUUUUGACGUUUUGGCGUUACGCGGACGUCCGGUAAAUAAAAAUAUUUAAAAGUCGAUACUUCUCACGGGUAAGCCACUGUUAUAGGUGGGUAUAGUUGGAAAGGUAAGAUUUAAAUUCAGUCUAUAAUAGGUCUAUAAUCAUUCUAUAAUCAGUCUAUAAUAAAUCGUUGCAGACGAAAAUACGAUUCUGAGCGGAGUAGUAUAUAAUAUUAUUACAAGUCGAUUUGUCCCCCGUAGUUGAAGUAGCACAGAAAUCAACAAAAACAAAACCGAUGUACAACAUAUUAUAUUGUUAGUUUUUUUUUUUAGUUUUAUAGAAAAAUUCAUAGGAAUCUAAACAUUUUUUUCAAAUAAAGUACUAGUGAGUGAAAAUUCCACAUUUUUUUUCAUGUACGAUGCAAAUAAUUUGGAACUUUUUUACUAACCGAGUAAACGUUAACCGCAAGAAAAAAAAAAACAAGGUAAAAACACACGCAUCAUGUACAGUAACACACCAAUAGAUUGUUCGCUCCCCUCAGAAUCUAUAACAGUAACAAUAGCAUUUUCAAUCGAGAAUAAAUAUUGUUUACGUAUAGCGCUAAAAAAAAAAAAAUUACAUAAUCGAACCAUAUAUCUUAAUCUUAAUCCACAACCGCGAAGUUAGCUGCAUAAAUUAUAAAAAUUGUAUAAUAAUGGAUUAACCGGUUUGUUUUUUUUUUGUUUUUUUUCGAGUAGGCGUAGGUGCUACGGUGAUAUAUUUCUAUAUUUUCUAAUAAUAUUAUUAUUAUUAUUAUCAUCAUCAUUUUUGGGCCCGAUGGGCAUAUCCGGACAUCGGCACAGAACGCGUAUAUAGGUAUAUAAUGAGAAAAUUAUCAUAAUAUACGAAGCGCCUAUAUACCUACGAAAUAAUUAUUAUUUCAAUCGUAAUACUAUAUGUAUAUAAUUGUCUACGCGAUACGUGUAAUUCACGCUGAACAAUAUUAAAUACUGCGCAGGAAAUUUCUUACGAUACACCUGACCGUACAUACCUAUUGAAGAGAGAGACAGAAUCGUUAUUUAUAUACAAUACGAGACACUAUACACAACACCACUGUAUAGUAGUAAUAGUAAUAAUAAUAAUAUAAGCGAUAUUGUGCCUACAACAAAAUGUGUGUAAUCUGAACCCGUACCACGAUGGGAUUCGAAAUAUUAUUGUAUUUAUCGUGAUAUCACGCGAUACAUAUAUAUAUAUAACAUAUAGGUACUAUAACAUUAUAUUGCGCGAUUAUGCGUUACAAUCGAUUUAUUUGUUCCUUCGAUCGUACAAUAUUCUCAAGUAUAAUAUUAUUAUUAUAACAGAGCGUGAGUUUAUAGUAUGCAGUAUGAUAAUUUCAAAUAUUUCAUUCACGUACCGUCACGUCAUUAUGAUACACAUACCAUUAUGCGUAUAUUACCAUACACACGUACGUAUAAUAUUAUUAUUUAUUACCGAAAUAAAACAUUCAGAAAUUAAAUUUGUUAAGGAAAUAUAUCAUAUAAUAUAUUUACAGGUACCCGGUACCGUUAUAAUAUUAUUGUGUACAAAUUAAUAUCGAGGCUCUUACGAUGAAAACGAUUUUAAAACAUUUAAGCCCGGUUAUCGAACGCGUUCAAAUAUUUGUCCUGAAUACAGGUAGGCACCCGUGUCAGACUUCGAAUAUUAAUAAUUAUUGUUUAAAAAACGUUUCGAGCUAUUAAAUAUCGUUUGGAAAUAUCUACGAUUGAGAACUCGGCGGCGAUUGUUCAAAUUUAACAGUUGUUUAUUGAAGCGCGUAAUUAUGAAAAAAAAAAAAAGUAUAAUACUGCCACUGUUGUAGGUGAAUAUUUGGAAAAGUAGAAGAUACGUGAACAUUUAAUUUGAUUAAUAUGUACUGUGAGCAACAAUUCUGAGCGGAGUAGUCAUGUUUUUCCCACGUUUCCGAGUAAAUCCAGAAAUCAACCAAAAAAAAAAAAAAAAAAAACAUAAAAUAAAAUGUUCCUAUAGGAGAGAACUUCAGAUAAUUUCGAUCAACGUUUCAAAUUAUCUAUAAGUGCAGACAGAACUAAUGCAUCUUACGUGGACGAAACUGGAGAGUAACCAAAAAAAGUGAUAAAAAUCCCUUUUUUUUCGGGGGAAGUAUUAGGAAUUUUGAAACAUUUUCGCAUAUAAAGUACCACCGGGAAAAAUAUCCGUGUUUUUUGAGGUGUAAAAAUAAAAAAAUCGGAGCAUUAUUACUAACCGAAAAAAUGUUUUCCGAGAAAACAACAAACAUUAUGUUAGUGUAUUAUAAAUGUGUACGAAACUUGGCCUAAGGACAGCGAUAAUAGUAAAAAUAAAUUUAUUUUUCAAUUAAAUAAGUUUCUCCUUAAUUACACAGCGUGUUACAGAAUUAUUUUAAUCAUAAAAUUACGCGGUAUAAUAAUUUGAGCAUUUUUGACUCAUAGUGUUAAUGUAUGCACGACACUAUAUAAGACUUUACGGCAAAUAUAUAUAGUUCAAAACAAUUAUUUUCUGUAACUAGAAAACUAAAGAAAGUAUACUCGUCAAAGUGUAUUAAAUAUUAAAUUAUAGAUAUUUAACUAUUAUAAUAUACUUAAUGCAUUUUUUAUUUUAAACUCUCGACAACAUUCAUGUAUAUUUUCGAAAGUACCUAUAUUGUAUUUGGUUUAACGAUUAUUGAGAUCAUAGGUUUUUUUUUUCUUCAUUAUACUGUUCACACGUGUUCACAAAGUGCAGUUAUAUUAACUGGCCAAAAGUACACGUAAUGAUUUGGCAUUUUUUCAAAUAUAGAAUAUAAUAUAAACUCCGAGAAUAAUAAUUUUCAAACGAGGAACACACUCAAGGUUAAACGCCUUAAUCCAAUGUAUAAUAUUAAAUUAUAUAAUCUACACUAGACUACUAAUUGUUUCAUAAUGUACUCGUAUCAAAUUAAAUCACAUAUUAUUUGCGAAAAUCGGCGCGUUUUCUUGUUGUUUCCGUACGUUGGCUAUAAGUAUAGGCUUUUUAAGACCGUCUUAUUCUCGUACAAUCAUAUACAUAUUUAUAAUCAGGGAUCGGGACUUAGAGUAUUUGGCAUUAUUUUGGUUUGACAUUAAAUCAAGGAAGGUGCUAUGGUAAUAUUCAAGCAUGAAAUUUUAAAGUACUUAUUUUUACUAUUAUUAUUAUUUCGUUAGCUUUAAAAGAAAAAAUAUAUACUUUUUACUAGUUCUUUCGGCUUUUAAUUCGCAAAUUUUGUACUUUAUGAUUACGCAAGCGAGUUACAAGAAAACCUAGAUUUCUCGUUCGGUAAUAGAGUAUAAUAAUAAAGAAAUUGCCGUGUUUAAAUUUUUGGUUCAUCCCGAGGGAGAGGGGGGGGGGUUUGUCCCGAACUCUGUUUAUGAGAUCCGUAUUGGUAUAAUUCGAAAUUCCCUUGUUACAUUCAGUGUUUUCGUAUUAUUAUAAUGUAUAUAUGUUAUAGGUAUUCUCGCGCUUUCUCGUAAACGAAACGGUCGACAAAAUGAUUUAGUGUACGUAUUAUUAUUAUGUUGUGAAUGAAAUAAUAAAAUCAUAUAAAAGGAGAAAAAACACCCGUACCAACGAAUCCGUCCCAUUAGCCACGGUCUCGCAAGGGCCUGUUUUCUAAAUUUAAUUUAAAUGUACUCUAUCCUCCCGCUGUUCUUACCCUUCUUUCGGUAUUUAUUAGGCUCCGACAUAAAUUAUAACCCCGUACUACUACUACUGUGUUUGUGUGUAUACAUGUAUAUAUAUAUAUACAUACACACACACACACACACACACACAUGUCUUUGUGCGUAUACAAUAAAUAUUUUAUAUAUCAUCGAAGUAUUAUAAUAUUUAAAAUUACUUGCACACAUCGUCAAAAUGAAUCGUGUCGACUAUAUAGAUUUAAAAUUAUAUAUGAAAAAAAUAAAAACAGUCGUCUUGGAAGACAGUAAAAAUGUAAAACACGGAGAAAAUUGUCCGCUAUAUAUAUACAUUAUAUAAUAAUCAGUUAUAACUUUUUCUGUAUUUUUUUUUUAUUAAUGUAUGGUUUCUACUUAUAUUUUAUUCGAAAAGGAAACGAAUAAGUGUUAAAUGUGUUAGUUUAUAUACGCGUCUAAAAUGCGUAAUAAAAAACGAAAAACACACGGAGUGCGCAUUAUAUUAUUUCGUAGAUUUUAUUCUCGUGCUUAAAAUAAGCUACUAUAUAUAUAAUAUAUUUUAUAAGCAGCUGUUGGUAUUUUUUUUUUUGUUUAUAGUCAGGUACUCAAAUUAAAAUAUAUAGUAUAGUAGCUACAGUUUUUUAUAAUCGAUUAUUAAUUCAAAUUUAAAAACAAAAAAAACACCAAUAUCAUUAUAUGCUUACAAAAUAUAUAGUUUAACGUUAUUAUCAUAUUCCCGCCAUCAUAGUAAAAUAUUAUUUGUAUGUCAUCUACUAAAUCUAAUCACUAUAUUAUAUGCAAAUACAUACUAUAUUAGGUAGAUACCUAUAUUUUAUGCCCAUUUCAAGCAAUGGAACAUCACGUAAUUUUAUAUAAUACGUUUUUAUAUUCUAACUGGCGCGAGGAAUGUGGGUUGGUUUUACUAUGAUAUUUUUUUUUUUUUAAAUCCAUAAACAACUUUUCUACCAGAAUCAUGCUUCCAAUGAAAACUUUAUAGGCACUUUCUUAUAUGAUUUCUGAUAUAAUUGGUGUAUUGAGGAGGUCGUUUAUUGAUUUUACAUUAGUUUACAUAAUAAAUCUGAAAACUGGUAAUUUUAGGAAUAGAUUUUUAAAUUUCUGGAUUCCUGGAAAUAAGGAAAAAAAUACGACCAAUAAUAAUCUGCUCAAAAUUGUUUUUCGUUAGCAAUGACUUAUAGUUACGUAUUAAAUUACUCUAUUUGUUAUAUCCCUUCAAACUUCCAACUUCAUUUUUUAAACCAAUGGCACACUCAUCAGCAGUAGUUUGUCUAGAAAGUUUUUCAUAGGUAAUCUCCGACUAUUUAAAUAAAUAUUAUGGUUUCUAUACCUAACUCCCUGAAUUUAUGCAUAGUGUACAAAUAAUAUGUGUACAUUUAAACCGCUGCAGUGUAUUAUACAUUUAUAACCGCAUAUUAAAUUAGCAAUAUUUUAUAUUUUAUACCUGUACUGUUAUAGGAAAAUAAUAUUUUGGUAAUUUUCACCGACACGACAUAAUAAAGGUACAUUGUAAUAGGUAUAACCGCAUACAUUACCUAGUAAAUAUUAUCACUGCGGUAUUUUAUUAAGCUGCAUGAUAAACCCUUGGGUAAUAAUUUUGUUUUUCCUGUAAAAAUAUCUUUAUUUGGGAAUGAACGUUAUAUUUUAUAAAUAUAAUAAAAAAAUAAAAAAUAUACAUACUAUAUUAUAUAAUAUUGUGUAUAGAUAGGUCGAUAAUAUUUGUAUGUAGCUUAAAGUAUUGGACAGGUCAUCAUUCACAAAGAAUAUACAGACAAUGCAGAAUUGUCCUUCCGGGCGUCGCCAAGUUUGAAUCAAUGGAGUGUAAAGAUACGAUAGAAAUCCGUGUUUUUUUUCAAUGCCAAAACCCCUAUGAAGUCUUUUGUAUACUUUUUUUUAUGUAACGGAAGGGGGCGUGUAUUUAAUAUUCAAAACGACAACGUUUUCAUCGGUUAUUGAGAUGACUAAGAGGAGCUAGACAUUAAUAAAUAAUACAAUUAUGUAUCGUUCGUAAUAAAUAGGCCAGUAGUUAGUUAAUAUUAAUAAAUUAAUAAUUGCUAGUGUUUUUUUUUUUUUGGCUCUACGGCUCAUUAAGAGCAACCCCAACCAAUUGAGGUCAGGGCAGUGCUACUGCAAUACACUUUAAGUGCAUUGGUAGAUGGGCGUGCCAAUUUUUUGACACCAAAAAAUAAUUAUUAGCUAAUUUAAAUUUAAUAUCCUUCAAAAUUGUUUGAAUUUAACAGAAAUUUAGUUUCGCAGAGUGAUUAAUUUAUCACGAAUCAACGAUUUUUUUCGGACGAUUGUAAAUAAAUUUCAUUUCUGUCCCUAGACAGGGGGAGGAAGUGGCCCAAUCAUUAUGUAAUCCUUUAGGCUUCAUUUUAACACUAUGUUCAAUUUUUUACCACUACUCCUUGUAAACACAAAUAAAUAAUAUAUUUCUUAACAUUUUGAUAUACAUAAAUCUAUUAUCAAAUUUACCGUUUAUGAGUUAUACAUACUGCAGUUUAAAGUUUGAGCCGAAUAAAUAGAGAAGGUUUAUCAAAUUAUCAUCUCCAUACUUGAUAUGAAUGUAUAAUAGUGUAUAAAAUAAUACAAUAUUUAGUAUUUUUGUUUUUGUAUUUUUCCCGUUCAAUGAACGAGUUCGGCGUUUUACCAUUUACUUUUUAAAGUACAUGAUACCCGUAUGACGUGCUCUCUGCGUCUUACCAACGUAUGAUAUAGCAAAUUUACGUUCAAUAGGGACGACUUUGUGCUAUUAGUUUGAAUAAUAGUGUGAAAUGUGAAUAUAUAGUGUGAAUUGAUCUAUUAUCAAACAUAAAGAUAAAAAAAAAAUAUUAUCUGAAUAACUAUGUCGGAUUUAUUUUAUUUUUUUAUUUUAAUUGUUUAAGAUACGAUUAUGCGAAAUAUCAUAAUUUAAAAAUACGCGUACCGAGUGCAUCAUCGACUGCGCUCGCGUAAUAUUUGAUUUGUAAACAAUCGACAAUUAUUAUUGUUAUAAUUUUUUUUUUUCAUUAUUAUUUUAUUACGUUUUAUGCGCGGAAAAUAAUAGUUUCGAACGAAAUAUUAUAAUAAUACAUAUAGCAUUCAUUUUCGCCACUCAAAAUGAACUUGUCAGAGCAUACCGUCAUAUCGACGCACUUCUCCGCCGGCCGUCGUCAUCCCUACGUAUUAUAAUACGUAUAAGUAUACAACCGAUGCGGCGACCACAUCAUCACGUUCACCCCUCAAUUUACGCGCAUAAUAUUAUGUUUGAGAAUAUUAGUGUUUUUAUUAGUAAUCGUUGCCCUCUCUCUUCUCCGUAUAUCGAAAUUUCUAUCGCGCGGGUUCGAUAUAAUCUAAUAAAAUUGACAUUGUCGUCGACCGAUCCGAGAACCUUAUCGUAGUCCCUCGGGAUUAAUAACGCUGUGAUGACUAUGUAGACUAUUCAAAUAUAAUACGCGGAGUGUUAUAAUGACAGUGCGUAGCGCAUUAUUUUGUCGAUAUAUUAUAGUGCCCGGCGUGGCUAACAAAACGUAUAAUAGCUCCGAAAGAAUAUUAAAAAAAUAAAAAUGAAAUAGCGUUACAUACUAUAUGUACUAUACAGGUACCGAUUUUGCCGACGGGUUUUGAACGGCCGCACAUGUCAUUAUGUACUCGUGUAAAAUGUUAUUAUACCAUCACUCUGUAUAACACAAUAUCGUUUAAUAUAUUUUAUUUAUAAUACAGGCUGAUCUGCCUAUCGCGGUAACCGGUGAUUUUCUCGAAGGAUUUUAAGUGAAUUUGAUUUGAAGUGGAAAUUUUACUUGGAUUUAUAAUUAUAGCACUUUUUCUGAAAGGAAAUCUGACUGGGAAAGUACUUAAAUGAAGUCAUUUUUCGAUUUUCUCAGAAUUUUUUCCAGCAAAUGUAAAAAACCGGGAAAAACGUAGAAAAAAUAGGAAAAUCGGUGCAAUAUUAAACAAAUAUUAACAAAAUACAAGUAUAUAAUGUCUAUUUAAUUAUUUUACCAUAAUAUAAUGGCAUACAUAUUGUUCACAAAGCAUCACUAUCAACUGAACUCCUCUCAGAAUCGUUUUUUCGUUAGCAACAGUUUAUCGUUGCUUACAGAUAUACAUUAGAUUCCCUUCUGUUUACCUCUACUCUUUAUACCUGAAAUGAGUAUAAUAUACGCUUCGGAUUUUCAAAUAGUAACGCCGCCUCCACUUCUUUUAAACAUAGAUUUAAAUAGAGAAUAUGCAUAAAUACAAUAUGUCGAUAUCGGAUUUACCUGUUUGUGUGUUCAAAGUAUACUAGUUUAUACUAGUUUCGUGGGGAAGGUUAAUCAUUUUUCAUCUAAAAAAGAAUAUGAAAUGUAUUAUCUUUCCCUACUCCUAUCGCUUAAAUAUUAAACUGUUAUAACUCAUAAACGAUAACUCGAUAAUAUGGUAUAAGUGCUAUACAUAUUAGAAUGUUUAGAAAAAUAUUUUCUACUUGAAUUUUAAUUUUAAAAUCAAAAUAAAAUACUCAUUUAAAGUAAAAUGAAUAGGAAUACAAAUUAAACGUUUUUUUUUAAAAAAAAUAUAGCUCAAAUGGUUCCUUAAAAGUUAAAAGAAAAAACUCAUAAAUCAAAUUUACUUAUAAUCCUCUGAGAAAAUCGUUAGGUUAUAAUAAGUGUAUCACUCUGUAUACUCAUUGUGACAAUGUCGUAUAUUAUAUAAUAUUCCAUUGUAAUUGGGAAUAUAAUAAUAAUAUUGUUGACGUAUUUUUUUGAACUCAAAUAAAAUACAUGCGCAUAUACUUAAGAUAUGGAUUGCCUUCGCCGUAGACUUAAAAAAAAAUGGUGUUUGGAUCUUUUUCUCUUAAGUAAUUAAAAAUAUACACGUGUUGGGUAUUACCACUGGGCAGUUUCCCUAUACAUACCAAUCUCUUUAUUUUACUUGUAUUCCUCAGUCAUUAAACCUAUACUUAUUGUACAAUAUUUGUAUAAAUUGUAAAUUUGUAUUAAAUAAACAAAAAAGAUACAGAUUGUCCUCCUCCAGUGUUAUCCGUUUGCUAAUAUUUCUGAAAAUGAUAAUUUUUUUUUUCAAUCGGAUUUUGUGCGAAAGGGACACGUGUGUAGAAAAAAAUUCAAUUUUUAUUUUCAUCCCUUAAUCAUGAUAUUAUUGAUCAUUAAAAUUUUUAAAAAAAAAUCUUUUUUUACAAAAUGGCUAUUUCGAAAACUUUUAAAAGUGAUAAAAUAAAAGAUUAAUUUUUUCAACAACUAAGGGAUAAAAAUAAAUAUUUUAAUUUUUCUCUAAAUAUGUGCCCCUCUCACUCGAAACUCAAUUGAAAAUAAAAAAUGAAUAUUGACAGAAUUAUUAGCAUAAGGACAACACUGUAGGACACCGUGUGGUGUCAUACGUAUCAUAAAUAGCCUAAAUAUUUUUGGGAAGGCUUAAAUUAUAAUAUUGAUAUUAUUUAUACUGAAGAAUUUACUUGACGCAAGGGUGUAUUUUACUGAAGUUUUUUUUUUUUUGGAAAAGGAGGCACUUAUUUUUCUUUAAAAUCCUAACAAUUCAUUUCCAGUUUUUAACAUUACUAUAUUAUUAUGCUUAAGAGCAUAACAUGUUAAAAAAUUACUAUGGACAACAAAUUGAAUGUAAUAAGUUUUUAUCAUUUAUAAUACAGAAAAAUUUUAAAUAAUGAAUUCAAAAAGAUACUAAAAGAUCUUUUUCUCACUUCACUAAAUUUGUCAAUAAUAUUGUUAAUAGGUGAAUUUUGUAUGCCUAUAGUUUAGUGAUAUGAAAUUAAUAUUAUUUACUAUAUUUUACAUUUCAAUACUGCAAAUAGCUACAUUGCCUAAUAGCAUGCAUUAAAUAACAUGCAUUUAAAAUGUUUAAUAAUAAACAUACCGUCGAAGAGUAAAAAAUAAACGUUCUGCAAAAGCAACACUAACAAGCAUACACGAUAAAAUAAAAAGCGAUUUCUCAAUAAUUGAGUACACAGUCUCACUACAAGUUUCAACAAAAAUAUUAUAACAUCAGUGUGCAUUUCACUACCUUAAACGAAACAAAAGUAAAUUUACUGUAUUUAUACAAAUCAACAUAGAAUUAUUUAUUAAUCAAUAAUCUUUAGAGUAAACUUGAAAGUUUACUUUCAUUUUUUGUUCGAGUCCACUUUAAUUUCAACAGAUCAAUUUCAGUUAAAUCUAUCAUUCAGUUCAAAUCUUUGUCAUUAAAAUUUAAACUAUUCGUUGAAAUUUCAUGCAAUUAUGUCGCAGUGUCUUAUGCUGUGUUGAAUAAUUUUCAAAUAUAUUAUAAAAGUUUGAUUUUUUUCAUCACAAAAUCGUUUUUUCAUAUAAUUUAUUAUAUUUUCAACUAGUGGAAUAUACAGAUACUCGAUAAUAUUAGAUAAUAUUCGGUAAUAUAGACGAUAAUAUUCUUUGACUGAAACAUUAGGGUUAUGGGAUAUUUUGGUCUGAUUGCUAGUUAAACGAGGCAAUUUUCUUCAGUUUCUAAGACUGACAUAAUUAUUAUUGUUGCCUCACACGAAAAUGGAAUUAAUUUUAUAUAAUUAUUAUAUUACCAGUAAAAGUCUAUGGAAAACACUGUAUAAAAAAAUAUACGAGCAAUAAAAGGCAGUAAAAAAACCCUCGAACCCCCUAUUUACUAUUUCAAUAAUACUUAAGAAAAUCACGCUGAUAAAAAUGUUCACAGUCACGACAACAACGACGGUGGAAACUUACACUUUCAAUAUAAUAUCAUAGUGAUCUUACUAUUUAUACAAUAAGAACGCGUACCUACUAUUAAAGUAGGUACAUGGUAAUUUGUUUAAGUCUAUAAUGUUACUAAACGAAUUUGAGGAGGCGAACGAAGAAGAGAAUGUAUAUUAAACGAAUGUAAUAUUUAUUUUGAAUGUUUUCGUCGACUUUCCCGAGUAUAACUAUUAUUUCAUGAGGACAUACGAACGAAUAUUAUUGCUCCGCGUAGAUAAACAGCUGAUUUUGUUGAAUACUGGAAUGAAAACAUACUCGAUUAUUAAAUAUUUUUAAUUAAGUAUACCUAUAUACGUGUAAUAUUAUAUUUUUUAAACGUUAACGUGUUUUUGUUUGGUAUAAAUAAUUAACAACGAAAUAUAGACAAUAGUUAUUAUUAAAAGUGUUUUUUUCAAAGAGCGCAUAUAAUUAAUUAUACAUGCAUAACGAAAGUACAUAAUAUAAUAUUAACCUAUUAUACAGAAUGCAGCAGUUAUUUAAGAUGAGUUUUGGGUGUCCGCUCGAAUAUACACAUACAGGUAUAUGUACACAUAUAUUAUAAAUGUAUAGUUACAAAACGUGUAGGUAUCUAAAAUUCUAAAAGGUACAUGCAAUUGCCCACCUAUAUAACAUAAUAUUACGAACAACUGUUAGCGUUGAUUGUACAUAAUCUUAAUUUAACGAUAAUCACGUAAAAUAUAUUAUGAUUUAUUAAAAAAACAAACGUGUUCGACUAAUUCAGUGGUUUCCAACCGGCGGUCCGUGGGCCUGUCAUUAUAGGUGAUCCGCGCCAUCGAAGAUUUAUUUUGUUUUUUUUUUUUUACUUAAACAAAUUGAGAAAAAAAAAAUUCAGUGUAGUUAUCAGAUCAUCCACUGAAUAAUAUCGCAUAUUCAACUCCGGGGUAUUGCUUUACGUCACCUCUUCUUGUAUUUUCCACAGCAUAUUUAUGUGAAUAAAGAUUUUCGAGCCUGCUCGUAAUCGAAAAAUAACCAAAAGAACCCUGCCAUGCGUAUAGUCGCGUGGCUAUAAUUACAAUAGGAAAUUAUUAAUCUAGUAAAUCGUUGAAAAAAAAAAAAAUCUAUUCAUUGCUUAUCAGGUAAAAUAAAAAAAAAAUCUCCAUCAAAUCAAGGCGGUCCUCCAAGUCUCCAAGUGGAUCGUGGAUCGUGAAACGCCGGAAUAAUUUGACUUCGGGGGGGGGAGUAUAAUAUAAUAAAUAAAUAUUAAAUAUUACGUAUUCCGAUAUCUGCAAUUUGAAAAAAUACCUAUAUAACAUAGUAUAGGUAUUAUUAUUACUUAUAUUAAACGACAACAUACCCGAAAUAUCAAGUUGGUAUACAUUUUUCCAAACGACUGUGACCACAUCGGAUCGUUAUUCGUAUUAAAAUCAUAUUAUUAUUGUAUGUCUAUCCAAUAUAUAUUAUGGUACAUAUAGCGUAUUGUUCAUAAAUCGAAAUCCGGCGCGUAAAACCGAUAAUUAUUAAUUUUUUAAAUCAACAACCCCGUCAAUACUAUCCGUCAGUAUGGCGUUCCACUGUUAUUAUACGGCCUAACUAUACAGUGUGUUCGCGUUUCCGGGUAACAUUGAAUAUUUCGGACGAACGGCCUUGGAUCAUAAUUUUCUGUUUUCUGGAGGUGAUUGCAGGGAUUACUGAAAUAUACAUUUUAUGAUAUACGUUUGACAGUUUUUACCUUUUUGGUACGUGCUUGAGUAAUACGUUGCUUUAUUGCGUUUGACUUCGUUUGAAUAGCAACGCUUGUUUUCCGUAACCUACUCGAAUAGUCCUUAUUUUUCAAACAUUUUUGAACUGCCCAAUUGUUUUAAUCUCAAAAAUUACCCGAGAUACAGCUAUCUGAAGUCAAUUAAAAUAUUAAUUUUCAAAAAUCGAAUUUUCAACAACUCUAAAAUGUAUAGAUUUAUUUUAUUAUAUACGAUUAUCUUAACAAAUAAUUUUUGUCAAAUUUCCACAAUUUUAAAGUCAUGUGUUUUAAACCAUACAUUUUACCAACAGUAGAUAACUGUAUCCCUGAUAAUUUUUGAAAUACGAAAAUAAUGUUUUUGAUCAAAGAUACUUGAAAAUUCUAUUGACUAUUCGAAUCUGGUGCUUAAAAUAGGCCUAAUACAAAUAUAAGCCAUUUGUAUUCCACAUAGGCGCAACAAAAGGGAUGAAAAUUUGAAAUUUUUCUAUACUGGCCUCUUUCACCUCCCGAAUAUAGAAUUCGAUUUCGAGAUCAUCCGGUUGAAUUAUGCGUAUUGUUACUUGAAAACGCGAACACACUGUAUUAUAGGUACAACUAAAAGGUAUAAGGUAUCUAUAAUACACCACUUCCAUUAGGUUUUGAUUAUCAGUAUGUUAUACGUGUGAUGACAAUAGAACCGGAUGACGUACUGUACACUGUAUUAUAAUAUUACGUACCCAAGUAUAAUAAUUCUAUACGGUAACAUAAAAAACAUCCAAUACAAUUUAAUAUUAUUAUAGGCAUAUUAUAGGUAUCGGAGAGAAGAAAAACAAAGAGUAUUUGAAAAAAACGCAUUAUUUUAUUUUCUUUCAAGAUUCGACGCAACGCUCUUUUAUACAAACAACGAUAUGUCGCUCCUAUAUUAUUAUAAACAUUAUAUCUUGUAUCCAUAAACAUGCAGUUUGUAGUACUCGAGUACUUUUUAUACAUAGAUAGGUACUUUCCAACAUUUCCGGAUAAAUUCCUACUACGCGUGUCUUUCUAUAAAAUUUCCAUUUGGAAAUGCGUCCGUACACUUCAGUGAUAAUAAUACGUACAUUAUAAUAUGUCCCACGACGUUAAAACAACAUACGUAUUAAUAUCGUGUACGGGGAGGGGCCGGAAAUAUUUCUCUCCGCCCCACACCACCCCUUCUGGGCCGUGAAUCGUUAACCGUUUCCUUGAGUAUAUAAUUGGAUAUUACAUAGGUAUUGCUGGUAUUGUUACGUCGUCGAUUUAUUUUUGAAAAACAUCGAUAAUUUAAACCGUAUUUAUUUAAAAAAAUAAUAAUAACAAUAAAACAUUGCUGAUGCCGCUGAUGGGUGUGCCGCUGUUAUUGUAGAGGGAAAACUGACGAGAUAUUAAACAUAAUUAUAAUUUAUAUCUACGAUAAAUCACCAUUAACGAAACAUGAUUCUGAGCGAAAUUCGAUCAACUCGGUUUGAAGUGUCGUAAUUUUUUACGAUUUUCAUCAAAAUUUGAACUUUAAAAACUAUUAAAGCAAACCACAAUACAUUACAUUCAACGGUUUUUUUUACCAUCGAACAUUACUUACGAUGAACCCCAUGUAAAAUAUUCAAAUAUUUCCGUACUUUUUUUGUUCAGUCGAAAUAAUUAGAUAAAUAAAAAUCGAAAAUACUCAAAGAAAUCGUUAUCACCGUUAAUUUGUCCGUUUUCCUAUACGUUUUCUCCGAAUUAUUGGGAAAACUCUCGAGAAAAUCAAAUAAUGACCUCCUCAAUGCAUCUCCUAGAUCCAAAAUGAUACAAAAAAAAAAAGAGCUCUCGUGUCGUUUUUUGAUUGCAGCAAGAAUCCUGGUAGACAAGUUAUUCUCAAACACUAAAAAAAAAAGAAGCCCGUACUAAAACCUAUGCAUUACUCGUCACAAAAAUAAAAUACAAAUAAAACCGAAUUUUAAUCUUCGUAUUAUUACCUACCUGACUUUGGAGAUGUUAAUACAGCCAGUUAAUAAAUCCUCGUGGUUAUACAUAAAACACCCCGUAUAUAUAUAAUAAUAUGUAUCAAAUAGCUGUGUAUACAUUAUAAUAUAAUAUAUAUAUAUAUAUACAUAGGUAAACCGUCGGAUGUAUUUUCGUUUUAAUUGAAACUCGAUUUACAAACACACCCCUGCGAUAAACGACGGCGGCGGCGGCGGCUCGUUAAAUAAAAUACCAAAAAUACAAAAACAAAAUAUUCAUGAACCUAUAUAUAUUUGAUGUCUGCGACCGAUAAAAAAUUAAAAAAAAAAAAAUAAAAAAAUAAAAUACAAGAGAUAAUCAGCCCUGGUCCGUACGUUAUUAUAAUAUAUAUUUAUGUAUAAGUACCGAAAAUUCUGUACGCCCGGACGGCUGAACCGUAUUGCGUUAAACCAAUGUAUAUUUAUACGCAUAAUAUACUAUACCGCGCCGUGCGCAUAAACGUCCGGACGACGAUGAUAACUUUCCGAUUGAAAUUUUCACGCUGUUCCCGGCGAGAAACCGUGUACACAAUAUAACAUACCUAUAAUAUUAUCAUAACAGAAACGAUUGGCUGCGUUUUAAUAUGAUAUGCUUAUGGUAGGUGGGCACAUCGCGCGAGUAUCGUUACGGAUUUUCCGUUUUUUUUUUUUUUUUUUACGUCCGUAGAUUAAAAUAUAUUUCCGAAAUUCGUUAAACGUCGCCGGACAAGGAGUGUCUGCGUGCAUAAUAUAUGCGUGUACCCGGUGAUCUAUCCCGUGUAUAAUAUAUAAAUUAUAAAUAUAAACCUAUAUAAUAUAAUAUAGGCGUGCGUCUAUACACACGUUAUUAUAAUAUAAAGGCAUAUACGCGCGCACGUCCGAAAUCGUAAAAUACGUUCGCGUUAUAAAUCGCGGUCCGUAAAUUUCAAUGCACUAUAGAUAUUAUUAUAACGCCGAACUCGAUCUGCAUGACUGAAGAGAAAAAAAUCAAAUCCGAAACGCUUAAAUACAGGGUGAUUCGAUUACCGUGAACCGGAGAUUUUGAAUUCGUUUGAUUUUGGUUUCAGUCAUCACUAUAUCUUUGGUCCCCGGGAAGUACUCGAGUAAACGUUGUAUAGUCUUCAAUACGAGCGAUUUAAAUUUUGAAAAUAAUUACUAAACGAUUUAAUGAUGACAUAAUCGCUAAAUGACCGAAUCUAAAUGCGUUCGAAGUGGCUUAUAAAGUCACAUUUUUGUAUUUAUAUUAAUGUGUCUUAUACCUUGUUUUUCGCUAAACAAAAUGUGCAUCAUAUAAUAAACUAAAGUGUUUUUGUUUUCGGUAUAUAACAAUGUUUUCUAUAUACAUAAUGAAUGAAAAACAAAACAAAUUUAAUUUACCCGGUAUCUCCGUAGAUAAUCGUUAGUUCACGGUAAAAGAACCACUCUGUAUUUUAUAAAUCCGAUGCUCGUGCAGAGUCCGUGUACCGUCGAAAAGAUUGAAGUGAAUACCGCCUCAGCCUACGUGUGGUUUUACACGCGAAAUAAGUAUCAGAAAUCAGCGGGUUGUCCGAACCAGCCAGAUCGUAAAACAGACACGAAAUUUUGAUUCAUUUAUAUUUAUUAGGUUUUAACGGAAUUUAAUACAUUAUGUUAUGCGCGCCAGGGGCGUAUUUAAGGAAAGGGAAAAUAUAGGGGCUUGUUACCCUUGACCUUUUUUUUAAUUUUAUACCCAAGCCAUAGACAUAUAUAGCCAUAGGUCUACUGCAACUCCUGGAAGAUGUUUCUUAACUCUAAAGAAGAUAAUGAACUAUCUUAGGGUUAGCAAGAACAAAGUGCAUUUUUUUUCUCAUUGUACAGAAACUAUAGAUAAUGAUUAUAAGUACCUAUGACCGUUUAUAAGGUUGUAUAUUUUCAUAUUUGUUAUUACAGUGCAAACUUAAUAGAUUGUUGUUGUUAUCAUACUACUGAGAUGAACAAAUACUUAGGAUGGAGUUAUCAAUGAUUUAUGUAAAAAAUUUGGACUUCGUAUUGUUAGUUGCAAAAAUAAACAAUUUUACCAUUAUGUAUCACAUUAGUUAUUAAUACAUUUAUUAAGUAAAGCAUCUAUCAAACAAUUAAUUUACAUAUCCCUUCCUCCACAAGAAAAUCCGAAAUAUGCCUUUGAUGCGUGGGUGUGUCGUAUAAUUAUAAUGUAACGUGUAAAUAAUAAUAUGAUAAUUGGCCAUCAGCUCAUUUUACGUUUUGCAAACGAAAUAUGUACAUCGCGCGCGAUGCGACGUAAAUUAAUAUAUUGGCAGUGACCUUUUUUAGUGGAACGAAAUCGCACAAGCCCUUCUUUUUUUAGAUCUAAACGAUCUUAUUUAAAUCGCCAGCUGAUCACUGUCAUUCUUUUAAGGCAAAUUGUACCUCGAAAUCGCCGAGUGCGAUGGCUUCAUUCCUAAAACAUACGAACAAUUCGAAAUGGUCAGCCAUGGUUUAGAAAUGUUUAAUAAUGCAAUGUAGCCACUGUCCAAAAUAUACUUACUGUUUUCCUGUCACUUCCCAUCUACAACAGUGGCCUAUCCAUGAGCAGUAUUCUGUGCGAUUAACUUAACGUAUGUACAAAACACCCGCAAUGUAAUGGCAUUUUUGACGAUUGAACUUUUUGAACAUAUUUUUGGUGUCAAACUUAUUGUUUUACGUAGAAAAAUACUCAUUAUACCUACAACAUAUGGUAAAAUUAUAGAACCCGUGUCUCCACGGACAUGCAUUUCUGUUGACAUAUCAAAAAAAAUAACAUUUUAAUGAAUCUAUAAUUUUAACGACUUUACCUUUAUUCGUAUAAGUUGUAGAACUUAUAAUAAUAUUACAGACAUCCGCUAUAACUAUUAUAGGUACGUCAAUAAAUUCUCGUAAAAACGUUGAAUUAACAUUUUACGAUUAUUGGAAUCACUAAAUUUGUGUACACACGCACUAUGGUCAUAAUUAGACUGGUUUACAUAUGAAAUGUUUACGACUAAAGAAGACGAACCAAUUUAUAUAAAUAUAAACAAUAUACAUAAUAUUAUAUAUUUUGUAUGUGUGUGUGCGCGCGCGCAACAUUAAAGUAAAAAAUCCUAUAAAACACACAAUAUUAUACGAACAAGGUACAUAAAAAAACAAGGUGUCGGAAAAAUAAAUAAACAUUAUCAUUUCUAAAUCAAUAUACUUAUACUACAGCAAAACAAACGUUUUUAUUUUUCUUUGAUGUAUCACGAAUAAAAACUUUAAGUAUAAUAAUAUAUCCAUACAAAGACGAAUAAAAAAAUGUAAUAAAAGAGAAAACACAAAUACACAUAUUUGUGUUACGCUGUUGUAACUCAACUACCUAAGGAUUUGAGACUCGGGUACAAUAAUACAGUCACUAAUGCUAUAGUUAAUAUUUACCGUCAAAACUACGAUAAUAUUAUGUGUGAGUAAAUUACUUACUUGUAUACCAAUAACUAUAAUAGUAAUUUAUGUUAGACAAAUUGUGCAUUGCAUACGGUACUCCGAGUUUUAGAAAUGUAAGAACGCGUACGCAUAAUUAAAAUACGGAUAGCAUUAAUUGAUAAAUUAAACUUAUAACUAGGUAUAAUAAUUACAGGGUCCAGAAUUCAAGGAUCUGGAAUGUAGGUACCCAAGUUGUAGGGAAAUAUUUCAAAAAAUAAAUGCACAGAGAAAUAAUUAAUGAACAUUGUUUUACGAUACGAACAUAUUAUUUGUUUCACUGUCGAAUUAUGCGAACAAUUUAAAAUCGAGUAAAAAUGCAAAAUAAACAAUAUCAUUGUACCAUCGCACGCGUUCUACGUGAAUCCAUCACGAACCAAAUGUCUAGAUAUUAUUAAAGUAGAAUCGAGCAAUACGUAUAAUACUACAGCAAAAGAAAACCAAAACGUAUCGAGAUGCUGUGAAUAAACGUCUGUAGAUCUAUACAAAUGAAUAAUCGUUAUAGGUAGUAGAUACCUCGUAGUAGAUAUACGUAUUAAAUAUUUUGAAUAUCAUCACAUUUUGAUUGAAAGCUCCCGCGUAACACAAAACGUUACGAUAAUGAGAGUAUGUAUACCAUAUGGGGGCACCGAUAUAUUUUUAUAUUAUCUCUUAGGUAUCGCCUAUACGCGAUAGAUAUGGCUAUUGUUUAACAAUAUUCACAGACACUCAAAAAAAAAUUAAAUACAUCGUGACAAGUUCGUAUCGAAUAUACAGUGAUUAGACCAACGUAGAAAAAAAAAACCUGUCCAAUAAAUCGAAUGUAUAACGCGUAUACACAUCAUGUGUAUGUGAUACGCGCACAAUGUAAUAUACUGUCAAAACAUUCAUACCAGUUAGUUGACUUGUUGUAUAAGAUCGAAACUAUAAAAUCGUGUAAAAAAUUAUAAUAAUAUAACUAUAUAUAUAGGGUGUAUAACUAUACGGCUACGGGAUAUCGUCAAACUAACCGAAUGCGUACAAAAUGCCUUUCGAUUUAUUUUAUUUUAUAAUUCAAUCGUAAAUCAUCUGGCCUAACUAUAAUUAUACCAUUUGUUUUUUUUUUUUUUUACGUUCUGAGCGAAGCGAGGAAUGUAUAAUGGUUUUACUACGAUUCGUGUUUGUUAUUUCUACCUGUAUAAGCGACUUUUCGACCGGAAAUCUUACACUCCGGUCUUCAAAUUCAGUGGCGAUAUAACGAGUUAGUCUGCAUGAGUCGGCGCGUUGGGGCGGUCAUUUUUUGAUAUUCCUUAUAGUUUUCUUUAUAAUUGAGAAAGGACGGGAAGAUGUACGAAAUAACGGUUUUAUAAUAUAAUUAUUUCAAAAUAACUAUUUAUGUGGCUCGUAGUUCGAAUAUAGCUAUCUUUUUGUUGUUUUUAAAAUAUUUGAAAAUAAAAUCCAUAUAAUAGGUACGCGUUUAAUAUCGGAUAUACAUUUUAUUUUUAUGAUUGCAACCGAUUAGUAACGCAUUUUGAUCAACAAUUAUUUCAUUAAUAUACCUGUAGUAUAGAUAAUAUUGUAUGCUGCAAACAUAGGCGCCGUGAGGGGGGUGCAAUGGUACUGUAAUGAUAUGCUAUUUAAGCUAUCAUACAUUAUGUAAAAUAAAAUAUUAUGUAAUGUUAAUAAAUCAAACAAUUAAUAACAGGAAUGAUAGUAAAACAUUUACAUCCGAUUCCAUUAUUUUUUAUUAUCAAAUAACAUAUAUUUUAGUGCGAUAUUUACUCAUCGUAAGGAGAUAAUACUUAAGCUAUCAUAUAUAAUUAAAAUAAAUUAUAUAAUCAAUAUUGUAAAAUAAUUAUAAUAAUUUGUAGCCAUUAAUUAUUAGAUUAAGUUGUUAGUAUUAACCAAAUUAAGAUAGCACAUUUACACACGCGCACACACAUAUUUCUCCAGUUAUAAGGAGGCCGGCCACUUCCAAUAAACACANCGGGAACCUAGAACAGUGUUUUAUAUUUUAAAAAAUAAUUAAUAAAAAAGAUACAGUUGUUAUAUUAAAAAUCUUUUUAUUUACUACGAUCACCUAUAUCAAAUUCAACAGAUCAAUUUGCCGCCUGAAGAAGAAAGGUAAACAAAUUUAUAAUUAAUUUAUACGUGUGAGUCGAAUUUACAUAACUAGGCACCUCCCGCCUUAUUUUUGAAUUACUACAGUACCCCCUGGCUUUUCAAAAAAGUAAAUAUUGAAAAAUAAUUGGAUCUUUGAAAACAGCUGAGUAACGUAGUCAUGAAUAAGUGGCAAACCAUUCUAAACGAAAUUAUCUUUUAGAGUCGUUGGUCAAAUCUUUUUUAAAGUCAUAUUUUUUCGGAGAAACACAGGGCUCUUUCAAUAAUUUUAAACGUAGUUCAUCAACACAGGAAUUUAAAUACAGUCCAAUAUCUAAUUUAUUAGCACCAUUAGUCAACUUAUGAAGGAAUUGUAGCACUUCUUUUUAUUUGUCAUUCGUUGAUUGUUAUCUGUAGUAGAUACUUAAAUAACCUGUCUCAUGGAUGUCUUUUAAACUAAUUUUAUCUUCAUUUAUACUCAAACUGGUAAUCGUACUUAAAUACAUUUUACGUUUCUUCUGGAAAAAAUUUAACUUAAUAAUAAUAAUAAUAAUUAUUAUUAUUAUUAUUAUUAUUAUUAUUAUUAAAGUAUUAUUUAUAAAUCAGCGUAUACUAAGCACCCACCUCCCCUAAAAAAUAUCCUGGCGGCGCCGAUGGCUGCAGGUAUUGGUCCCGAGGAAAAAAAUAAAUAUUUAUUGAUUAUGAUUAGUUUUUUGUUUUUAUAGUUUUACCAGUUGUCGGUUAAAUUCAAAAUAUUGCGUACAAAUUAACAAAUUUAAUUUGUUUUGAGCUUCCGAUUUGUCUUCCGAUUAUUUUUGUUCGAAUACGUAUAUUAAUACCUACGUAAUAAUUAUGAUAUUAUUAUGAUGUAUACACUACCAACGCGAUAAACAUAAAUACAAUAAUUAUAUUAACUAGAUUAAAGUAAGGCUAAAGAGUGUGCGAUCUGUUGACCUGCAGUUAUUGUAUUUUUGCAAUAACAAAUUGCAGUGUUCUGCACUUUAUUCAUUUAUUGUAUUUGUUUACCCACGACAAUAAUUUCCGCCACCUACGAAGUGAUUUUUUUUUGAAAAUGAACAAUUUUCCACGAUUGUGGAUUGGUCGAAACCGAGGGUUUUCUUUGAAACCUCCGUAAAAGUUUUAAUUUAUUUGAAAACAUUAUACAUUGAUACAGAUGCGUCGUGAAACAGAUUAUUUUAGUGUAUUAUCGUUCAAUGUCGAAUAACUUAUAGCUUAAUAUACUGCGACAUGUGCGUGUAAGUGCACUUAUAUGGUAUUAUUAUAAUAUGUAUACCUAAUUAUAAUGUUAUAUUAUUGUACACAAAUUUCGUAGGCAGAAUUUAAAAUUAAAAUCAAUUACGACAGUUCAACCUAACUUGCACAUAAAGGUACGAAAAUAAAAACUAAGAACAAUAAAACGUUAUAUUGUAAUCGCAUGCGAUAUUCCACAUCAUUAUCCGAUAUCUAAAUAGAACAUUUUUUUUAACCGAGGAGCAAAAGUUUCGUUGUGAUUAGACAUAUAUUUUGUUUAAUUUAAAUUUCAAUUAAUAAAAUAGGUUUGUUUUCGAUAAAAUGUCUGCGCGACGAUACCUAUUAAUCGUUAUAGAUUGCAUAUGGUUAAAGAAAAGCUAACAAUAAUUGUUUUUUUGUUUUCCAUAACUUAUUAAAUAAAAAAAAAACUUAUUAUAUCGAAAUGAUAACAAUAUUACAUACGUAUAUAGCCUUGGAAAUGCGUAAUGUAUAUAAUAUGAUAUCAUACCGUAAUAAUAAUUUAUUUGAAACGCACAGUUUUCUAAUUUCAUGGUAAUAUAAUAUACAUGCAUACUAAAUUUGUUUGAAUUGUAAAAAAUAUGCUAUAAUCUUGUAGUUGUGUAUUUUUUUCUUCUCACAAUUCUUAUAAUUAUAAUAUGUAGUAUUAAAAUCGUAUUUUCGUGGAGGUCGAAUUUUAGAUCUCAAUUUGGAUAAUAACUAUAUGAGCGGAUGCAUUACACUGCUGAUGAUGUGCACGGCGAAAAAUAAAUCUGAUGUCUGAAUAAGUCGGAUCAAUUUUCGUAUGUAAUAAAGCCGUUAAAACUACUAAUUUGUAAACUGUAAACGCCGAUCAUUACAAAACCGUCGUAUUUUAUAAUAUUUACAUACGUAAUGAAAUUGCAGAGCACAUUAUUUUGAUAAAAUGGUAUUUGUUUAAACAGAUCCUACUUUAUUUAUAUGCUUUUCCACGGGCACUUUUAUACAGAAACAAAUAAUUUCACGAAUUUGAGCUUAUUGAUUGACUAAAUUCUUCAAUGUUUGUACAUUACGUUUGAAUGUAACAAAAAAAUUAUUUAAAAAUAAAUAAAUAAAAUUAUUUUCCCCGUAAUAGUGAAAUUAUACUGCGUUGAGAGUAGGAACGUGUUUAACGUAUUUUAUUUCUUAAAGACAAAAUAUUAUACUGUAAUACCGUAAAAUCGUUUUUAUUGUUCAGAUGUUCAAACGGUUCUAAUACUUUAUAUUCUUAUAAAUAUCACUAAUUUUUAAAAUAUGACAAAAUAUAAUAUUUCUAUAAUGAAGUUUCAUAAUUUAUUUUUAUAACUACGCCCAUUUCCUGUUAUAUUCGAAUAAACAAUAAUUAUAGGCUAUAAAACUAUUAUAAUCUAAUAUUGUAUAGAAGAUAAAAUUAAAAUAAAUUGUUUCCGCAAAUGCGUCAUAAACUCAUAAAUACUUUUAACGCGAUUUGUCCGAUAAUAAUAUAUUUUAUUGAAUAGUUUUUAAUUCAGCCGUGAAUUGUAAUAUUUUCGUAUUAUAAAAUAACGCUAUAAAGCGGACCAAAGCUACUGCGAUAGGCCACCACAGUGGCGUUAUCGCAUGAUGGGAAUCUACAGAUGUCCCGUGGCUUUUUUUGUAUUAAGUAUUUCUAUAAUUUUGAAAUAAAAAGUGAUUUUUUUAAUUAAAUGAUAAAUUAUGUUGUCUGCAACAAUCCUAGAUUAAAAUAUUAUUAUUAUAUAUUUAUCUUUGUAUGCCUGUAUAAAGCAAAGGACCAUUUCGAUGUCGGGGAUAAUCUCAAAAACCACUCAUUCAUUCGUCAUGCACUUGUGUGGUUUUUUAAAUGAUAGAGUAAGGUCAUCGCGGAAAAGGUUUAAAGCCAUUGAAAUCCUCGUCGAUCUGACCAGUAGAAGAAGUGGUAGACUGGACCUGCAGUAGUUUGGGCUGGAUAAAAAUAUAUAGGUAUUUUCCAUUGUUUAGCAACCAUAUAACACGUAUAAGUAUGAAAAGGAAAUUAAAGAAAAUGCAUUUUUAAAAACUCAAGGGCAACAACGCUUAACCACAGUGGUAGUGACGGGGAUUGAAGCAGGGAAUCCAGGGGCAAACGUAUUUAUUUAUUUCUUAUACACAUUUGUUUGGCACGGGUAACGACGUGCGGCACAGCUAGUAUGGUAUAAUAUCAAAAACAACUACUUUUAGCAUCGAUUAUUUAGUCGAUUGGCAAUGUUGAUAAUUCAUUAAAGAUCCUGAAAAUAUUUUCCCUAUGAAUUAGUUAGAAAAGUAAAUGUAUUUACGUGUCGUUAUGAUGGUAGGUACUCGUGACAAAAUAUUGAUCCCCCCCCCUUUCAUGACCUGUCACUAAUUACGCCACUAUACCAGUAAAUUCGGUGGCUUAUCAAAAUAAUUGAACGUGUAUCAAGACCCUACAACGGAUAUACUUUUCUUUUAUAUUUUAUUUUAAGCUACACUAUCGUCUAUCAACUUUUCAAAAUUCAAUUAUCCGACAUUUCGGACGAAUCGAAAUGUAUUGUUUAACUUUUGCGAUUUAAAGAAAUCUGCAAUCGAUGUAUAGACGCCACAGCCGUCGUAUAUCCACCGGUGCGUAUUCGAUUUUCGAGAAAAAAAAAUAUAAAUAAUAGUCGUCGGUUUAUCUAGCGGAUUAAGUAUCUCAAUAAAACCUCGGAUCGGGAAGAAAAUAUAUAUAAUAAACUAUCGCGUCUGUCGGUAGCCAGAUAAAAAUUAAACCAAUUACGGUUUUAAAACUUUUAUUUGCCGAAUCCGCGAAUACACUAGAAAUCCAGAAUAUCCGAAGAAACUAUACGUACACAUAGGUAGAUACUUAUUCCAAUACGUAUGAUCCAAACGAUCGGAUAUCGUGUUUAAUACGAUUUCAAUAAUACGCAUUGUAGUGAAUAGUAAUACAACAGCCCGAAAACGGUAAUUCGUAAACCCGUAAACUGUUUUGCGCGGGAAAACUUUUUCCGCACCGUAAUCAUUAUAGUAAAAUAACAAAUUACCAACGCGUUACGAUGAACUUUAUCUGGGUCGUAUUGCAAGUGGCGUACUUAUUAUUUUUAAACGUUAAAACAAAAGCUUUCGGGGUUUUUUGUUUUUAGUCUUUCAUUUACAUGUAAAAAAUUAUAGAAUAGUAGGAGGUACCUAUACUAUUCGAAUAACAAAUGCUCUACGGCACAGAUCAAGUUUUUUUCUAUGUGUUUUGAAAUGUUGGCUACUGUGACUGUGAUACCGCCCGUAUUGGACGGGUAGCAUAUUAUAGGCAGUAGAGUAGCGUAGGUUUUUGAUGUCGCAACCGCCAUUGCUUUUUCUUUUGGCUAUUUGGUAAGGUUAGAAGGUUGUAGGCCUUUAAAUUACUUUACCUUUUUAAAUUAUAAAAAUACCACGAACAGAGACCCAAGAGACGAAGGGAUCGGGAGGGGCGGAUGGUAUUUUAAAACCGCAAUCCCCGUCCAAAAUUACAUCACUGUAAUAGCGAACUAUUUUAUACGAUAAAACGUGCGUAAAUCAAAUCGUCACGUGCAGAAACGCAUUGCAGUGGCGAUGUAUAAGUAUAGUCGGGGCCUGCAGCGGAAUUAUCAUCGCAAAGUAUGUUAACGGAUUGGGUAUUAAUAUAGCGCUAAAUUAUUAUUUCGAGCGCGAUGGGUCGCCCGAACCCGAACGUAAAUAGACAAUGAUAAUGUUCACGCGCGGCCACGUACUACGGAUGACAAAUAUCUUAUUGAACGGGGGAGGGGGGGGGAGGGAGGACAACGCCGUGGUCGACGCGUGGAGGGGGAUCAGAUCUCGCGCGGAUAUUUCGUCACGCAUCACGUACGAUACGUACGAGACGUAAUUGCGUAUAGGAAAUGUCCGUGUACCUACACCCGUUGCUGUAGCGCACGGCAGCGGGCGCGAUUCGAUUUGAUAUUUUAUACAUUGUGCACGAGCGCCGGUGGUCGGUGCGUAUUAUGAUGUUGUAUAAAAAGAGCUGCACGCGUCGAACGAUAUUAUAAUAAUAAUAAUAAUAAUAAUAAUAUUUCGCUACGAGAAACCGUUUGUAGAGACCUUGAACUCGCGUCCCGGUGUAAUGUAAAAAUAAAAACGCGCGCACGAAAAAACUACGUACGCGUGCGUCGAGAAUAACAAUAAUAAUAUUGUGAUUCACAUGUUACACAACGCGCGUUAAUGUGUGUGUCACCUCGGCGCCCGCGUUUGGUGAAAUCGUCGCAAAAAUGCAUCCGUUCGCCGUCGCUACGGUAUCGUGAAAACCGUGAUGGUACGGGGCCGUAAUUUACAGGGCGCGUUCGUUGUUUUCGGAUCACGCGAAAAAACCGGUUCAAAAUAGUUAUCGUAAACGAAUUUUUUUACGGUUUUUGUUGUUCCGGCCGUCCCCGCGAUUCGCGAUAUAAUAGGUAUUUUCCACAGAGUUUUUAACUAAAUUACAGCAAAAAACAAUAUCGAAAAUAACUAAAUUGUUAUUGCGUACAUUUCCUCGGAUAUUAAGAAAACUACAGGGAAAAUAAAAAAUGUACCUUUCCAGGGUAAUUAACAUAAUUUCAAAUUUGUAUUAUAGAUUCCAAUCAGAUAAAGAACUCUGUGAUUACUACGCACAUAGAUCAUAUUAAUAUUGUUUACAUUGUACAGUAUCAAAUCAAAAUUGUAUAUACUUGUAUACAAUAGUAUACUGUUAAGCAAGAAAUCGGUUUUUUUCUGUGAAUCUUUUAAAUUCGGAGUUUAAAAAAACCACUUUAAAGGUGCAGUGAAAAACAUCACAAUUAGUUAGGUUAUCACAUUUAUCGUAAUCAAAUUAUUUUUCUGUUCAAUUUGCAAGUUUAUUUAUCCCGGAUAAUACGACCAAUAUAAUAUAAUAACUAUAUUUUACUUUAUAAAUAUAAAGUAAUAUGAAAUUAUCAUCGUCGUGAAAAUUGCACAUAUUUAUAAUAACUUUUGUAAUAAUUAUUAAUUUGUGAUGAAAGUCCAUAUCUAAAUUAUUCGUAUACUAUUAUAAUUUUGUUUUAUUUCAUUAAUUUGUUGUUUGUUAGUUAAUUUACAUGAACUUUAUAACGAAUAUCUCUAUUACGAAAAAAAAUGUGUGAAUAUCAAAACCGUUAUUAAAUUUUUUUAAACUGAAUUUAUCUGUAAGUAUCCAAUAAAAAUACAUUUUUAUACCAUGGACGGAAUAAGAGUUCGUUUGAUUUAUCUCUAUCAUCAUGAUGGGUUAAGGUCAUAAAUGUAUAAGUUUUUGCAUUUUCUACAGAUAUACCUACAAUGGGCAGGGUGGGGAACAUAAGGUCUAAUAAAAUACUAAAAAGACUUCUAUAACGUAAAAAAGUUUUAAAAAAUGCUCUAAAAUGAAAAAAAUUACUUUAAAAGUUUAAAAUCAAAUGAUACAAAACAAAAUGUCUUUUUCUCAUUUAAAAAUUACACGGAAGGAUUUUGAAUCCAAACGUGAUGCCAAUCAUUAUCUGAAUUUUGACAUUAUAAUUGUAGGAUAGUAUAAUAGUUUAUAUAUGUAUAUAGUCUAUACAUAUAUCGAUAGUGUGUACAAAUCUUAAAAUAUAAUUUCAAAUUCAAAUUUAAGAUCCAAACACCGCAAAAAUGCCCGUACCCCCGAAAAAACCCCACUAAAAUUGUUUACAUAAUUAUGAAAAUUACUUAAAAAUCAAAACAAAAUGUCUAAAUUAAAAACUCAUCAACGGGAUCGUGACAAUACGAUCAUCUUUGGGAAACAUCACAAAAUGAAUUGAAACAUGUAGGUGCCUAUAUUGGAAUAUCGUAUAUUCGACAGUGCAUUAAUCGACCAAAGGUUCAAUUUCGUUUGCAUAUUAUUUUGCCUCACCAAAGAAUAUGGACCACCCUUGAAAAGAAUUCUCGUUGCGCCAUUGAUAGAUUACUUCGACAUCAAAUUACCCGACCAUCUGGAUAAUGUCAGUAUUAUUUUGAUAAUUAUUAUUACUAACAUUACCCUGAUAAUAUAACAAAGGCCAAAGUUCUUUAGAACAGGUCCGAAUUAAUAGUUUUAAACACGUUUUAAAUCAUAAAAUUAUAGGAAAAACAUAUACAUGCAAAUUACAACCUACAUUUUACACUUUUAGGGCUAGGUAUUGCAGUAGUUUAACACGGUGUAACAAUAAAAAAUACUACGUGUUUUUUUUUUUUCAUUCGCCUAAUCUAGUUUUUUAACCCGAGACAUAAUAAACCUACCAACGUGAUACGCCGAAAACGUGAUUGGAAUUUAAUACAAUAAUUUGACGAUUUUUACAAUAGUGAUUAGACUUUAAACAUAAAUAAUUACUCUCUUCGGUCGGCCAAUAGAGACAUUUAAUGAGACAUAACUGUAAACGUACGAAACUUCGAAACGGAUACUUAAACAAUAUACACGUAUCAUACGGGGAGGGGUCAAAGUAAGCAUCUGCUCCCUCCCGUCAAGAUAUUCUGCACAAGUAUUUAAAACAAAAUUCAAUAUGUAAUUCAAAAUAUUAAUAAUAUAAAAAAAUAAAAAAAUAAAAAAUUAUUGGUUCAAUAGUAUAAAAACAUCGAAUAAUCUAUGGUAUCCCAGAAAAAUUGUAAUGCCUGACCCGACCUAACCUGCCCUUCCGACCACGGAAGUCUAAACACGCCUAUGACACGAAUGAAUAACAAAGUUACACUAAUAAAAUCACAUAAAUUGUACAUGUUUCGAACAACCCGAACAUAUAGGUUAAUAUAUCCGGCGGGCUGACUAUUUUGUAUUAUAUACAUCGUAUUUUUAUGUUUUGUUAACAAAACGGCUAAAAAGUAAUGCUAAAGUUGGUAGGUAUAAUAUUAUAAUCGCAUAGAAACAUUCAAUCAUUUUUCUUACGAGACUAUUCAAAAUGUAAAAAAUCAUCAAACUAACAAUAUAAUAAUACAUAACAACAAAUUUUCAAGGAAACUAUAAUGGCACUAGUUUAUAACACUAUACUAUAUAGUUCCUUACAGUUCUAGACAUGCAUACCUUGCAGUUUGCAAGAGAAACACUUCAACAACACUAUAUAUGAUUUUUUUUUUUUAUAUCGAAUACGAUAGUAUAUGUUAUGAAUAAUUUGCAGUACCUAUUUUACCGUGGAAAAAUAAAUCAACAAAAUCAUAUUAUACAGAAUAUAGGUAAUAUUUUAAUAUUUUACCGUCGACCACCAGUUGUUGGGUAAAGAAACGUACGGUUCACAGUAGUAUUUAUUUCGGUGCUGCCGUCCGUGCAAUUAAAUAUUUAAAUCUAUUUAAAUCUAACGUGAAACACGUACCUACUGCAUCAGUUUAACGAGUACCUACAUAAUGUAAUCUUGUACUCGGUGCAAAUAUGGUGCGUCGAAUUGAAAACGCUAUUAUUUUGUAAAAAAAAAGUUUGCAGAUCAUACUACCUUAGAAUAUUCCACACGGACCUGUAAGCACUACAGGCGUCCACGAAAGUAUAGGCGGGCCGCAAUUAUAAUUAAAGGUAGAUGAUUCUUAUACCGUGAACUAAAUAUUAUCUAAGAUUUUGAUUUUUUUUUUUUCAUAAAUUAUUAAUUAUGAUCAUUUUUUUUUAAACUUGUACAAAUCAUUGAGGCUUUUUUCUGCUUUCACUAAGUUCUCCCACCGAUCUCGGUUAUCUACGUUAAACAUUUCUUUACCCGAUCUAGCCGUCGCUAACGUGGUCUUCGUCUUGAUUUACUCAGCUUAGAUACUAGCACUUGUUUCAUUAGAUUUCCAUUAUCUCGCCAUCAUGAUCGAGCCCAUUUCAGUCUUUUUGAGACAAAAACAUUUUUGAAUAUUUGGUCCAUUAAAGAUUUUUUCAAUAUUUUGUUCUUCAUUUUUAUUUAAUUACCUAUUAAUAUAUUUUAAUAUAGAACCAUACAAAUAUAAUGUUAUGGUGAAAAUACGAAAAACGGAUAAUGUAUACGUUACCCGAGUAUGGUAAACACUAUACCCAAAUCUAUUGGACAAAGUAAAAAUAUUAUUUAUUAAAUGUUUAUUUUGUAAAUUACCCGGAUGAUUUGUACAUCAUUGACGUUCAAGUAGGUUAAAUAUCUGUAUAAUUUGACAAUUUGACAUCUUUAUUAUACGCUGUGACCCUGUGAGUAAAAACAAAUUCAUUUCGGGUGUGCACCUAUUGAGACCCGGCGAAGUUGACUUGGAAUUCUAUCUAUUGAAAAUUAUCGAUCUCGUCAGUUAAAUUUAAAAUUAAUAAUUAAUAAUUUUGCAGAAAAAAAAGCACGCAAACGAAAUUUCCGUUGAAUUAUUAUUAUUAUGUUAUUAUCAUUAUUAAUAGAUAUAUUAUGUCAUUUUAUUUGUAUGUAAUUUCAUCUUAUUUUUUUAUGGAAUUAAAAUUGUAAUAAAAAUGCAAAGUAUCUGUGGAUUUGCGUAAUAUUUUCUAAUUUUAGAAUAAAAAUGCUUACUUUAAAUUUAUGUAUUUAUAUCAAUAUUAUUUAGAACAAAAAGAUGAAGUGGGGCCUUUAUUUAGUUCUGCACACGGGUCCAUCUUUGUGAUAAACAGCCACUGAACCAUCCUGUAUAUAAUACAUACAUAUAUACACACACACACACACACACAUAAUAUAUAUCGUUUAAUCGCGUACACGCCUCGCGGUGCCGUCACGUCCGCUCAUUACUUCAGUCGCAUCGGUACCUAUAUAACGAUAAUAUCAUUAUCAUUAUUAUUAUUAUUAUUAUUAUUAUCAGUUGUUACACGGUCGUUAUUAUUAUGAUAUUGUCGUAGAAUAAAACGUAAUACGCGCGUGUACAUUAAACGGUAUCCGUUCGGCGCGGGAGCUCGCGAGACUAUUUAGGCCUUCGUUUUUCAAUUCUUUUGUCCGCGCAAGUUCUCUUCGCGGGCCAUUUGCACAACGGUGUAAGCAAACGGGAAGUAAAUACUGCAUACGAAACAAUGCUAACACAAUAUGCACCCGCGCAAUAAUAAUAACAAUAAUAUAGCGUGAUACGGACUGUCGGACUGCGUAAACACAAUACAUUUUAAUAAAAUAAUUACUGUAUCGUCGUUCCGGUGCCCAGGAAUAUUGUACAAUGGUGUCGAUCUGUAUUGUUGUGCGGCCGAUAAGGUUUUCGGGUGUAAACUAUUAAGUAUACGUACAAUAUCACCACAAUAACGGUGUCGCGGCGAUCAACGCGGAAAUCUGUACUCGUAGUCAAAUCUGUUUGGACAAAUGCCGAGCACAACAUAAUAUUCAAUAUACUAUCGAAUAGAUGGCACCAUUAUAACGUCACCAAGUGAGACAUUAUUACAUAGUGACACCAAGAAGGGUCGGUAGAUGUUUACCACGGCCCCCGCGAUCUUGCCAUUUUGUUGUUGUCACUAAAAAUUGAAAUAUAUUGACCGUAAUAUCGACAAAAACGAUUUUUAUUAUUUAUGACUACCGGGCAUUUCCGUACGAAACAUAUAUUAAGGGACCCGGUGUUGGCGUGUUUUUCGCCCACGCCUCGCGGGAAAUACGCUCGGGUCACGUAAAACGGUCCGAUUUCAGUAAUUAUUUUUGCGUUGAAAACAAGAAGGACUCCUGCGGUCCGCGUCGAACUCGUUUUUUCAGUAUUUCGAUCUUAAACUUUAUAAAACAUUUUAAAACCAUUUUAUUAUUGUCAACCAUUUUUUAUACCGUUAUUUAAACCCAAAUAAAAAAAUCGGAGUUCAAUAUACACCUAUUGAUUCCAAUUCAACAUAUUCGCCCGCGCGAUUGUCUGGGCUAUAGACAUCUUUAUGGUUGGUCCUGUAUACAAUACAGUAUUAAUAUAUUAUUACUAUAUUACUACAACUGGGUGUAUAUAUUAUAUGUUAAGGUGGUGGUGAACGUUUCGUUUUGACAACUCCUAACAUUCAGAAAAAUAAAAAUAAUUCUUUAGCUCUAUUUGAGUUUCUUUAGACAAUUUUCAAGUCCUUUUGUAACGAAAUACAAAUUCCCAUUUAAAAUACAUGUGAUUUUUCGUUUAUUUUGAAUUUUAUUAAUACAAGGUUUAUUAUAGAGUCGACGAAAAACAUUGUUCUUAUUUUCUUAUUUUAUUUUAUUUUCUUAUUUUAUAUUUUAUUAUAUUGUUCUUAUUUUUUAGGAAAUUUUCGAGGUUAAAGUACUCUUUAAGUGGGGUAAAAACAAAAUUAAAGUAUAUCGAGCAUUCCGCGUUAUUUCUUACUGAUAAUAAUUAAUUUUUUCUUAAUUUCCUAAAUUUUUGUCAAUACAUCCAAAAAAUCUAUGAUUAUUAGAGUAUUUCAUCUUUGAAAUUGGAAUGAACGUCGAAUUUAUGUGUCAUCUGUAUCAACUAAUGAAAUCAACAGAAAAUUGUUCCCAAAACAAUCCAUUUGUAUACUUACAGAUAAGUGGAUAUGGCCCAUGCGUUUAUAUAUAUUUUUUGGAUGGAAUACUAAUUAAUUGAUACAGCGUGAUUUGUUUUCGAUAUUCAUACAAUUUUCCAAAAAUAAUAUAGAACGCCCAAUAUAUUUUAAUUAUUAUAUCUCCUUAUUUCCGUUCCUCCUAUGAAAAAAUAAAAAAAAAAGGAAAAAUGAAACGCACGUUAUUUUAAUGAUAUUAUUGUCUAGAAAUUAUAGAUCGUUGCAUUAUGGUACCCCUUCGUCAGUUAUUAUAAAUUACCAGUUACCGCAAUAUAUUAUUGAAAUAAUGCAAUCUCGAUUUUUCCAUUUUUAUUAGCAUACAAGGUACAUAAUAUGAUAACAUUUAAACAGUCGUAUACUCGUAUAACCGUGAUAUAAAAAAUGACUAGGUGAUAAUGAUUAAAAAUGAUACAAAAUGAAUAAUAAAAAAAGGGGGGGGGGGACCGCUUAAAGAAACGAGUUUUUUUUUGCGAUAGGAAGGAACGAGAAACGAAGGAGCGCCGGCAGUUUAGAGAUUUUCGAUAUGAACUUUCGGCGCCACUUUUUUUCAGCGCCAUAGCAUUGACCGUCACGCAACCAUUCGUAUUUAUAGCCGCGCUAUAGGUAUAACAUUUUGUAUGUACCUAUAACAAUAAUUACAUCAUUGUGACGUAUUGUCACGUUAUUUAGAAAUAAGAGGGAACAGUCGAAUAAUAUAGUAAUUAAUAAUUAUUUUUAUGUGAACAAAAAUAUACAAACUAAAUUUUCGAUUGGUAAACGGUUCAAAACGUACAUACAUGUAGGGGAGCUUUGUGUCCUCGAAAACCUGCAAACGUGUAAAGAUUUAUAUCAUAUAUUACGUAUAACGCACACAGCAUUAGACUGUAACCGUCUCCGUUGUCCGGAAAUAUUUGAUUAAAACCCGCCAAAAAAAAAAACAACCUCUGCGAAAAUGUCUUAUAAUUCACGUCACGAUAAUAAUGUCCUAUUGUUACAGAUUUCGGUCGUGUUUAAAAAUGGUCGGCACCGGAUCCGCGAACCUGAUCGGCAAACUGUUCUUCAACGUGGUGCAAACCAAGUGUUUCGUACUGAAACGCGUCCGGGUGUGUACGAAAAAGACGUGGUGGGGCAAGUGCCACAGGCAUGAACACAGGAAGAAAGCCUACAUCAGGGACAACGCCGAGUAUUAAAUUCCAGUCCGCGUACGAUAAUUAUAAUAUUAUAGUUGUAUUAUUUAUAAUAAUUUAUAAUAAUCUUGUCGGGACAACCGAUUUCCUAUAUAAAUUUAAUAAUAUUAUCACAUUUUUAUACAAAAUAAGUGGCCGGACAAACGGUGUUUUUUGAUUUUGAUUUUUUUUUUUUUUUUUUGUUAUCUUUUAUUCUUAGAACCGCCACUCGUACAUAUAAUAAUUUAGUAAAUAGCUCUAAGUACCUAUACAUAUAAUAUAUAUUAUGUAUAUUAGCCAUUAGGUACGUUAUUUUGUAUACUAUUAAAAUAUAAUUGCAUAAUAAUAUUGUACAAUAACGUACUACACGAUGUAACUACGUACGGUAUAGAUACCGUUUAUACUGACGCCGGUUGUAGUGUUAACCUUUAGAUUAAACGUCCCGGCAAAACCUAUCCUAUAACGUACACACUAAUUUGUAUCGAUUACUAUGACGUCUGUGUAAUGACUAUACGGAUGUUAUUACUGUUAUUUUUGGUUACAUUGAAAAAAUAACUGUUAUCUAUAUUGACUCGAUUAAACUUUUUAUCGAUGAUAAUUGGUAUAACAACCGAUAACACAUUACUACGAGUAAUGUAUUGUAGUUCCGUAGUUUUAUCGUCACUCGUCGGUGUACUAAAGUUCGUUUACUAGAUCGUAAUCGUUGUGCGAUUAACAGUUGUAUUUUUUAAAUAAUAUUGGUGCGUUGAGUUUUAGCAAAAUAAACCAACGAAAUCAAUUCGCGAGCAAAUUUUUCGUAAUUUUAUAACAAUAAAACGUUUUUUUUUUUUUUUUGUUUAUUUUUCUGCGUAUUCAUGAUUUAGUGAUAAAAAUACGACACAUUUAUUGUAAUAAAAUAUAAAUAACACAUACAAUAUAAUCAAGUUUUUAAAUUUUAUUUUAUCAUUUUGGUUAUAACGACAACCAGUUAUUAUGACUAAUUUUAACUAGUUCUUUCAAUGUCAUUAUAAACGGUUCGACCGUAUGUAGUAUACGUUCAUUUUUGUGCGUACAUAUCUGUAAUAAUAUUAUUAUACAUAGUUACGCGAUUUAUGAUAUUGUAAUUACCUGUAUUUUUGAUCAGGCGUUAUAAUAUAAUAUAGAUGUAUUCGACAAAUUGUCCCAUUUGUUUUGUUUUGUAUUAUAAUAUUGUAACAAUAUGGUAUAAUAUUACUAUCUACGAGCAUGACGUUUUUGGUUCACUACUAAAAAUAAUCGUACAUUA